CAGCAUCUUCAGCGGUCAAGGAUGAGCAGCUCUCCUCUUCUGGCUGAAUCGAGCGCACACGCCCCAAUUAGUGUCGCAUGGUAGGUGAGAGCCAUUUUGAAAACAUUUCUCAUUACACCUUAUCACCGGGGCACAGAGGGGGGCGACAUGAAGCAAAUUAGAGGAGUGAAUGAGAGCGAGGGAAGGACGGGGGGGAGGGCUGGAGACAUCAAAGUGUUCUUGCUCUAUUUAAAUUGAGUGAUCUUGUGCGGAGAGAUCCCCACUACAUAAAGAUUAACCCCAUCCUCCCUCACACAUGCAGCUAAUAUCACACACCCACAUACCCUUGGAUUUAUGUGUCAAGGGUUAAUAACUGUGGGGAUGGGGACAGGGGGGUUCAAGUGGGGUGUCCCCAUAUAUGCACAUUAGAGUGUGUGUGUCAGCAUGUAUAUGUAUAAUGUGUUUAUACAGUAUAUCGGCAGAACAAGGAUGUGUGUAUAUAUGUGUGUGUGUUGAAGUGGAAAGGAGACAUCAUCAGUGCAGGGAGGUAGAGAUCACACAGAAAGUGCAAGCCAGGCUCAGUUUCAUCUCAAACUGUCGGACUGACAUGUUACAAAUCCCACCAACAGCAGCAGCACUGAACAGACCUGCCAGCACUCCUCAGGAAAGAAUCACAAAUACACACAUAUACACAUUCAAACACACACACAUACAUGCAGAGACAAAAAGAGGCAGUGUGAGAGUUGAUCUGUUGCCUGUUUUUCCACCAGUUUCAUCAUGUCCUUUGGCUAAAUGCAAAUUCUGGUCCUUUUCAGAACAUUGUAGGAUGUGAGAGUUGAGGUUGUGUUAUCUAUGUGUGUGUGCUUUUAUGAGCCUCUCAUUUCCUGCGUGUCUUAAUGUGUAUUUAAGUGCGUGUAGGUAUGUUUCCCUAUCUGCUUCCUUUGGUAUAAGAGAGUGUGUUUGCAUCCUGUGUCUCCCCCAAGUUGUCUUUCAGUGUGAGUGUACGUCUGUGUUACUGUGUGUGCUGAAUCUUGCCCGGUGGAUUAGUGACGUCGGCGGAACUCACCCUCUUCCUCUGAUAAGGCCACGCGCGGCCGCCUCCCGCUCUCUACUCCCCGCGCUCAAUUUCAGAUAGUGCUAAUGGAAUCUGUCCUGCGCAAUUGUAAUGCGAGCGAGACUCAUUUUCCACGGAGCUUGGAGCUGUCAGCUUGGCAGGACUGUCGGGAGGGUUUGAGAGGAGGAGGAGGAAGAGGAGGAGGAGGAGGAGGAGGAGGAGGGCAGAGCCAGCGAAGAGAGAGGGUUGAUGGCAGGACGAGGAAAGAGAGCCUGAUGAGGAGGGUGUGUGAGUGUGUGUAGUUUUGUGUGUCUGACGUGUCUUAUGGGAGGCCUCCUCCCUCCUGUCAGGAAGCUGGAGAGGAGCUUCCCACAUGCUGCCCAUCAUGGAGCUGCUCUGCACAACCACAGACACACAUUUGAAGUCUGUGCUGCACUGUUCACAUGGCAACUGAGGUUUUUCCUCCUAUAGGGGUUGGUCCCAAAAUUUUUAGACAGCUAUAUGCACCAUCAAGCUUGGUGUUAAAUCAGAUUUUAAGUUUGAGAGUAUUGCAGGCCACCCAUGAUCAUAAAAAUAUUUGGCAUCUGGUGUGUUCUGUACAUUAAAUAAAGCUCGCCCUCUCACUUCCACUACAUCAUGACCAGCUUGGAUCAAUGUGAAACAAAGUUUAGGAAAGCGAGGAGGUUAUGACUCCUGCCAGGAUUAAUAGUUCGCCACUGUAUCUUUAACACGUUGUGCAGUAGUGGUACAAACUAUCAGGCAGCAACAGGUGGAGAGAGGAGAGCAGGGAGAGGAGCGGGAGGAGCCAGGUGUGUGUUUGUGUGUCUUAAGAAAGAUGCUGUGGUUAUUGGAGACAUUAAUGAGCUAAUGACUGCAAGCAGGCUAUACAAUGACAGACAUUGUCUAGAUUCAUAAUAAGAUAGAUGCCCAAAUCUUGACCGCAUGUUAUAUAAAAGCUUGAAAAGACUACUCUGUAGCUGGUGUGUCAAAAAGAUCAUUUCAAACCCUGGGCUGACACUUAUAUAAAAACAAAAUCCAGGCUUCAUACUGCAAUUAUUCUGAGUUUGAAAUCAUGUUGAAAAAAUAGCCCAACCCUGUUGUUGUCUCUGGUUGAAUCAGCUGUCUGUUUCCCAAUACGCUUGACUGUAUCUUGGGUUUAAAACCCACCUAUUACCUGUUAAAGUAGCUCGAUGGCUCUGUUAGUGCAGGUGAACGUCAGCUGGCAACCACAUACAAACUUUUAUAUUAGUUGGUUUAAACUAGCUGGCCUAAACUUGAUAUAACAUUUAUCUUCCUCAAACGUUAGUCAGACAAAUCUUACAAAUCCAAGGUCUCUCUGAUUCCUCCACUCUCGGCUCUGACUGCUUGUUGUUCUUCAGCUCCAUGCUGAUCAGUUCAGGGCUGUAACAAACGAGCAUAUUGCUGUAUGUAGUUUCAGAAAUUACGUCUUGUUCAUGUGUGAGAUUUUGUCAGUGUGAAAGUUCAAAUCAGUGUAGUAUCUCUGAAUAUGUGUCGACAUGAGCCAGCUGUGUUUCUAUCAGCAGCCUGCAGGUGGCAGUGUUAGAAUAAUGAAAAGUCCAGGAGUUUGCCUGCUGACCUGUUCUCCUACUUGAUCGUCCCUCUCAUCACCAGUUUGUCCUUUCUCACAUUUCUAGCGAUCUGAUCAUGUCUCCCUUUCCUUCAUUCAUCUCUAAUAUUACCGUGAGGUUUUAGAAAUCUCUCCACAGCUCUCUAAGACAGUUAAGCCCGAUGCAUUUUUUCCUUUUUUAACUCUAAACACCAUUAGGUUUGUAUAGCAGUUGUUGGGCAGGAGGAAUGAAAAGAGAAAUGUAGUCCAGUCUGCCAACACUCAGGGCCAGAGAGUUCAUUUAGGUCAGACCGUAUGAGUCACUGCGUGUCCCUGUCUCUGCUCGUUCAGCACGGCUCAGUUCAGCAAAAAGAAGGAAACACCAAUUUGGCAGCGCUACACGGAUUAAAGUGGUAGUGGGCAUUUUUAAUCUGCGACAGACUGUGGCAUUUGUCUGCACUUAAAACUGUCAUCAGUCCUGACCCGUCUAUCGGCCUGUCACCCCGUCAUCAUCCUGUUAGGAGGGGGAAAAAAACUCUGCUGGAGCUUGAAAAUAAAUAAAAUAAAUAAACUAAAUCUCACAGCUGGGGGCUUAGGCUAGCAGAGCCCCCAUUACUGCUGCUCUACCCCCCGGGAAGAGUUUAGUGUCAACAGAGCCUUCUUCUGCAGGAGUGGAGGAGGGUCCCCAUCAGGGACAUUAAAUGACAAGGAGAGUGUAUAAAUAAUGUUAAGAGGAGUUUCGUGAAGGUUCAGACCCGAUACAGCUGAAAUAUAACAGGUCAAGUGCGAAAAACCUCGAUGUAGUCCUUCAAAGAACCUUCUGCUGCAUCAACGUCAAAUGGCUGUUUAACGGCAAUAAACCUUUUAAGCAAAAUGUGAGAAAAUUUACAUUAACGUCAGACCGAAGAUCCAUUUUCAGGCCCAAGAUAUGUUAAAUGAAGGCUGAGGUGACCAAACUUUUUAGAGGGGGUGCCCAGCGGUGGUUUUGGGUACAUUUAGGUCAAGAAAGUCCUUUUAGUGAGCGACUUGAGAUGCAGCGGUGCUCCACUGAACGAUUAAGAAAGUCUUUUGUUCCAGCAGCAGUAAGAUUUUUUAACAGUGUAUGUCAGGGUCUGACUUUGCAGUGCUGCAUAGUUUGUAGACGUAUUAAUUCAUUUUUAUUAGGCUUUUGUUGUAUUUAAUUAUGUCCUUAUCUUUUAUUGUACCACUUUUAAAUCAUGUUUCAUUGGCCUUCACCGUGUUUGUUGUAUAUCUGGUGUUGAGUCUGUGUUUUUUUUCUGAUGUCUCCAUGCUGUUUGUUGUCUGUAUGAGUCGUCUUGUCCUGGUGGUGAAAUAGUUUCCCCCAUGCGGGAUCAAUAAAGUCUACCUUACCUUACUUUAGGGUUUACCCCAAAUUUGAUAGGGUUAUUUUCACAAAUCACUUUAACUUCCAACUUCUCAUUUGUGAGACAAGGGAGACUCUGUGAGGACUGGGAUGCUUAGGAUUCAGGGUGGCCAAUCGGAAAUUAGGUAGAGAUGCUCCUAUCCAUUUUUUUCCGAUCCAAUAUGAUAUCGAUACCUGAUACCCGAUACCCGAUACGAUACAAUACUUCUGUUGGAUUAAUGAACUUUAUACCUUGCCCUGUGAGUGAAGACAUCAGGCUUGACAUUGGUCUUGUUAAAAAAAGGUAAUAAAUUAACACAGAUAUAAAUUUACUGCGCAGGUAUUGCAAGUGGCCAUCAAGCUUGUAGGCUGAGAUAUUGUGAUAAAGUUCAAGACAGCAGACCCCUUUGCUCGCUCCACUUUGAAAACAAUGUGGGCAUCUGCUCAGCGUGUUUACUUGUGGAUGCCACUCAUGGCGCAUAGCAUAGAGUGAGACUGAAUAGAUAGGCCCCUAUGCAUCAGGCUCUUAGUCACGAUACCCGAUCUAGAAUUUUCUACAGUAUCGGGACACAUUAGGGUCACCUCUAACACUCCCUAGAUCAGUCUCUGAUUUUUAGGGCGAAAGUGCAAUUGACAUUGACAGUAAGAAUAGCUCUUCAGACACUGAGAUUCAGCAGAACCCUGAACCCUGAACACAGGGUUGCUGCUACAUCUGAAGCCAAAUCAGAGACAGAACAGCUUUAGCUCACCAUAACGCCUCUUUGCGUUACACAUUGCAGAAUGGAUCCACAGUAUGGUGAUGCUGUUUUACCUCUGUUCCGUCUUCCUUACUACCUCCAGUGCAAGAAAUUUGACCCACAUUACAUCUCCUUGAGUUUUUAAUUUUAUUUUUUUUCCUGCUUUUGCGCUGUCACAGAAACAUUUCUGUGGAGGAUUUCUGUCACACUGAGCAAUGACUCAUUAGACCAGGCGCUAAAAUCCACGUCACUGACAGAGCCUCUUCUUUGUUGAAAGUUUGAAACAGCCUGUGAUUGGCUGGAAGACUCAUUAAGGCAUUAGGCAUGACUCAGCAGACAGCUGAAAAGCUAUGAAACGUCUGUAUUUUCAGUUACAUGCACAGGUGUCAAAUUUGAGGUAUUGAUUGUAUUUGUGUUAAUUAUAAGGAUUUUCUAAAGGGACAAGUUAAUGGCCUCAGAGUAAACAUUGUGCCAACAGUACGAGUACGAGGGGACAUACCCUGUUUGCCUCUGCACACACAGAAAAAGAGCAUGUGCUUAAUCAACAGAGGAGUUUCCCAGGAAAUAAAAAAAGUCUGUGUGGAUUAAAUCCUUGGAGCUGAACAUUAGAGAAGUGCAGAGUUCAGCUCUUACAGAAAAAAAGGCAAAUCAUUAUCUUCCAGAGAGAGAGAGAAGAGGGGAAGAAUCAGAGGUUGAAGGCGGCGGGCUGUGAUAGUGAGGAAGAAAAGGCGUCACAUAGCGAGGAAGACAGACUGAUAAAAGAACAGAGCCAUCGGUGGAGGGAGAGAGAAAGGGCCCCACAAAUUGGCAAAGAGAAGUCAGGGUCUCUCUCUGCUUUGCAUUUCAUUUACAUGGCUGGCCGUAUCGACCAAUCGGAUUGGGAGCGGAGCCCGUGGCUUAGGAAGGCGAAUAAAGACUCCAAAUGCCUUCACUGCUCUCAUCCCUCUCUCUCAUAAUACCCUGUCUGCCCUUCUUUUCUCUCGCUCCCUCUCUUUUCUCUCCGCACUGUCAUAAUACCCUUUCUCUCCCCAUUCUCCGCUCCCUGGCGUGGCGCUAUAAGUAGACCCUGUCCGAUGUGAUAGUGGGAUGAGGAGAGAGGAAGAGGAGGGUGUGUAGGGCGUGUGUGUGUGUGAGUGUGUGCUGGGAGGAAUUUUUCUGCCACCCACUAAAGGUGAAAGGAGGAAAAAGAUUUGCGAGUUUGUGUGUAGACGCGUAAAUUUUCAAUGUAGACACUUUUCAUCCCAUGUUUUUGUUGUUUCGAGCGUGCUCACCUACAAAGUGACACAUUUUAACUGGACAAAUCCAUCCCUCUGAGCACACAAGCGCAGACACACACACUUAAAGACAUAAAACAUGCUAAUGACUGUGUAAGUGAUCCAUAAUAAAUGCUAAUAACGCUGUUAAACAUAAGUACAACUGAUAGCUAUCAUUUGACUUAUUUGAUGUUCAGUCUGGGGCUCAUUUCCUCAGUUAAAUAUUAAUGAACACACACACACUCACACACACACAUACACACUCACACGCGAUGACACACUUCCCCUCAAAUUAAUUUGAAUAAUGGCGUGUAGACAGACACAUUAGAGGAACCCAUGAAUGACCCCCGGGCAAUUCUCACAGGAGACAUGCAACCACUUAACACAUAUACGCACAUACACACACUCAGGCACACACGCUCCAACCUCGCGGACGUAAUUUUGUGCCGUUUUACCAGUCUAUUAGUUUACCCUCCAUCCAUAUGAGAGAGGCCUCCAUCUGUGUGGCAAAUGGAAGAGGAGGAGGACUUACUCACUUCAUAGAUAAUAACUGUAACCACCAUAUUAGUGCUGCGUAUUCAGAUGUCCUCUUUGUACAGCAGAGGUUUUAUUGUGUUCAAUGUUCAAUGCACAUGGCUGUGUUGCAUUGAACAGGUGGUGAUGUAAACAGUAGGGAGUUCUAGUGCAAAAGAUAGAAAAAAGGUAAUUCUGUAACAGCAGCAGAGUUGUAGUGACAGAUUGGUUUUGGGUGUGUCUAAAAAGAGGAUCAGAGGCAAGUGUUUUGGGGGGCAGAUGUGGAAGAGAGGGGAGAGAGUUCAGCUUUUAACAGUCAAGUGGAAGCUGGUAGAGCAGGGCUCGAGGCUCCGGUACCUUCUCCCAGAAGGCAGGAGGGUUAGGCCGGUGCUAUCAGUGUCCAAGAGAGGGGAGUGAGACACCAGUGAUCUUCCCAGCUGUGUUCACUAUGCGCUGCAGUGUCUUUCUAUUCUGAGCUUUGCAGCUCCUUAACUACGCAGUGACACAGCUGGUCAGGAUGCUCUGAACGACGCUUUAGUGAGAGUUGAACAUGAUAGGUGGAGGGCUCUUGCUGACUAAUGGCUACUUCAUCAAAUCUGGACAUUCUAGUUAGUGUCAGAAAACGUUGUUACUCGUUUUUCUAGACUUGCUGGUUGCUUUUGCUUUUAAGGUAUGAAAAGAGGUAAAGCUAAGAAAAUACAAGUUUAAGGAAACGUGUACAGAGUGAAGAUAUGCAAAAAACCUUUUUAACUCUGCAUCAGCCCCUCCUGUAUCAUUUGUUCUGUAAUGCAAUAGUGUUAUUUUUGGAUUAUAACUAUGAAAUUUGAUUAUUAAAAGUGUGCGGCUGCCCUGCAAGUAGAUUUGUUGCCUCAGACUCUUGAUCCAUAUGUAUUGACUGGUGAUAAAUAGACAAUUUUAACCCCCUCAUGCAUUGUAAUACAUCACAUUUAGACACAGGAGAGUAUUUUGUAUGUUGAUGUUAAUCUAAAAGACAUCAGUAAAGCUGCCUAAUUAAGUAGGAUAAAAUGCAGUGCUUAUUUAAUCUUUCUUUAAAAUGCACAGAAGCAGAUUAGCGAAAUAUUGUAGUAAAUCAAAGAACCUUUAUAUCGCUGACAUUAUUACAGGAACAAUCUCCCCAAACUUCUUUUAUACCUCUUUUAACUUCUAUUUAGAUCUUCCAAACUUACACAAACUUAAGAGAGAACCAAACAGCUCAAGUCCAGGCUGCUGAGGACUUGUUGCUUUGCUUAGUGACUCUUCAGUGGCUAAAGUUGUGAAACCAUCUUCAACAUUAAGUUAAAAUGUAAAGUUAAAGUCUCAUUCAGCUUUAUUACUGUAUGAGGAUAGACUGCGGUAACACCUCACUGUCAUUCAUCACCUGCAUUAUCCUCAUUAUCUUUUGCCCUGCCCAAACAAACACACACUCACACACACACACACAGUCUCACACACACACAUGUGGCACCCCUCAUUGCCGUUAAUCAUCAAUAACAAUGCCUUAUUUGUCAGGGAGGAAUGUUUACAAUGGGAUGGCCCCUUGAGGCGUGUCAGCCCCUCCCCCGACACGGCAGUGUGUCAGUGUGCCACCAAUUACCAAGCGCAAACUGAAUGAGGUCAUAACGGGAUGGAGUCAUUAGCAAAACAAACCUGCCGACCCCGAGGGGUAGAGAGAAGUCCACAAAGCGGGUGGCCGAAGAUCUCCUUCUAGAAGUCUGAGAGGUCCCUGAAUGCACCACACUGCUGGUUCAUAUGCAGUUCAUAGUUUGGCUGUACACCAGGAUCUUGGCAUACUUUUACAUCACUUGACUGUAAUUUGUGUGAUAGCUUUAGUUCAAUCACGUCAUUAAAAUGUGUGCAGAUGACACUGAAGCUGUGAAUUACAUCAUGCAUACAAAGCAAGUGUUGCAGAGAUGACGGUUAGAUUUACAUGCAGGCAGCUGAUGGUUACUCUAAAGCCUCAGGAUGAUGUUUGUAAUCCUUUGUUUCAUCACUUGUGGCAUUUUUCAUUCAUGUCCUCUGACUUUAAUGUGACAAAGUAACUCCCUAAAAACAUUGUACGUUCGUAUCGAGAGAGAUGAAACUGCGCUUAAACCCAUCAUCCUCGCUGAGCCAGUUUCAAAGAGAACUUUUCUGUUUUGCUUUGAAAAGUUUAUUUUAUUUGAAAGAACAUUAAAAAGUGGGAAAUGUGUUGAAAGUGUUUUGAGUUAAUUCAUUUAAAGAUGUAUUAAAAUAACAGCUUUUUCUGCUUUGACUUAAACUUUUUAGACUACAAACAGACUUUUACAGCAGUGUUUUCCUUCUCUAUUUUUAAAAACAUUACAGACUGGAUUAUUCAUGUGAUUUUUCCCACCUGUGUUUCUUACAAAGAAUCUUAAGAAUAAAUGUGCAAGAUUUCUAGAUAUUUUUCUUGAAUUUUGAAUCAAGAACUUGAGAUACAGAAUACUGUGAAUUUACAACUCCGAAUUGAGGUUCAGAAUCAGGCUUUGAUUCUCAGAAAUCUGAAUUUGAAGUCAGAAAUCUGAGAUUAAAACCAAAACUUUGACUUUGUACUUAAAACUUUUUACAGUCAUGAUUCUGAUUUGGUUUUAGGAUUGCAAGAUCAAAACAGAAACUCUAUUUUAUUCAGAAUUCUGACUUUAAACUAAACAUUUACAAUUUUAACAAAGAAUUCUUAGGGGGGAAAAACAGAAUUCAGAAACCAAAGUCAGACUUUUGAGAUUAAAAUCAGAUUCCUGACUUUAUGUUUUUUCACCCUGCGUCUUUCCAGUCAGAUAGGAACAAAGAGGUCCUCCUGUAAACAGGAGAUUAAACCCAACAUUAGCAUUAAACAAUAUGAAUACAAUACAUCUCCAGUAAUUGCCCUUCGUAAGUUGAGGAAAUGAUGUUUUUAAAAUGCCUUAAAACAACUAAAUGGAGUUUCCCAAAAUUUACACCUUAGACAGCGUUUUUAAGUACUUGUUUUUGGUAACCUUUGACUUUUUUCAAGUGUCGACAAGAGAUCGAAAUGCAGAGAAAAUCUCUAUCUUAAUAAACACUAUCUGCCUUUUUCUGGAUGUGGAUACGGCCUCAGACUUUUUUUUCCCCCAUAUUACUGAGUUAAAGUAAGAAAUAUGAAAGGAAAUCAGAAUUGUGACUUUCUUUUAUCUCUGAAUUUUGAGGGAAAAACAUCUAAUUUGAAAAUCAUAUUAGACAUUAAAAACACAAACAAAAAAAUUAUGGCACCUGCCCUCUUCCAAAGCUUUCAGAUGGCGUAGUGCCCCCAGUUACCCCUUGCACACAAAUAGGUGGAAUAACCCUUUAAAUAAUCGUCAGAGUCCGAGGUCUUUUGUUCAUAUAACCGUCAAAAAAUACUUAAGUCUAAAAUGUAAUUGUGUUACCAAUUUGUCCUCAGCCAAAGAAAUGACUAACUGUGCGUCACUGAGUCCCUUUACUCACCCCCACUUUAGGUAAAAAGAGACCCACUGAGUCAAACUGAAGUGGACCCCUUUGUUACGAUUUAGACCAUGUGCCCUUUAAUUACCUACAAAUAAGGUUUUAAUGUUGAUUUACUUCUUGUGUUUGUAAAGUUGUCUUUCUUUUUAAUGGUGGUGUUCUGUUUCAGGGAUCUCUGUCUCUGUGACGUAGCCUGUUGAUUCCUCUGUUUUGACGUCACAGUGUUUUCAUAGUUGGAAAGUAGGACACUGUUUUGUGCUCAUACUGGGGCAGGCAUGGCAAAACACCCACCCCCCUUAUGCACACAUGUACAUACAGGACAACACACAAACCCACUCAAACCUUAAAAAUACGUGUAAAAACAAGUCCCACGAAAAACUCACGGUUUCAAAUCUCCCUGUCAGCGUCUGAACGCAUCAGUCAGCAUAAACAUCAAUAUCAUCAGGCAUGUCACACACCACCUCCAGAGUCAUUAUCCCCCCAAACCAAUAAAAUAUUGAAGAUGCUCAAAGCGAUUAGCAGUGAGUCUGUCCGGUGUGUGUGUAUCCUUUGUUGGCCGAGGGCAUAUUUGUGUUUGUGUAUCUCCAUUGUGACGCGUGUAAUCCGCAUGCUCUCUAAUCCCAGAGCAGGUGGCCAGGCGUGUGGCGGCUGUGGGGGUGCAGCGAGGGCACACUCCUCCUGCUCCCCUAAACAUACACACACACACACACGCACACUCUCUGACACGCUCGUACACAUAUGAUUGAUCCACAAACCCAGAAACACGUCAAUGCUCACUACACAAUCUGUUUGCUUCAGAGGAAACACAAAGAGGUACACACCUGCGCGUAUUCACACACACACACGCACAUCUCAAGUGAACAAAAUCCGGCCCUGCUCCAUGACGUGUAGCAGGAGGAAGAUCGCUGCAAGUUAACGCACGUGCUCGUGUUCCCAGCCCUCCCCUUCCCUGGCUGCCUCCCCCCUCAGCGUGUGUCCGCAGCAGACACGCUCGCGUCCAGGAGCUCAGCGCUGCCAUUAACAGGUGGGCAGAGAGGAGGCGGGGCGGGCAGCGAGGGGCAUCUGUCAACAAAUUCUGCAUCCUUCCGUCCCCACUGUACACCUCUCCAUCUGCCCCGUAAAGAGGCGAAGAGAGGAAGAGGAAGGUCAUGAAUGCGAAGAAACGACAUUAUCAGGCCUCACUCGUGUACUUCACCUGCUCAGCAUCUAAAGUCACGUGCUUUUUGACUUUUGCUGCAGUAAGAAUUGACAUGAAGGGGAGAUUUACGUUGCGUAAUACUCCGAGCACUGUACGGCCAAAAGGAGGCCCCUUGACCUUUGACAUCAGUAUUGUAACAUUAGCACUGGAACUGUUUGGCAGUUAAAGCUGCUGCGUGUCUACAAGUGGUCCAAUUAUUGAGCUGAUGGCGCAGAUGUGACCUUAUUCCUGAGGUGUUAUAUAACUGAUUAUAUAUUGAAAAUGCGUCAAUACUUUACAGAAGACACAUUAUGUGCUGCAUUAUAUUUAUUAUAGAUGUGUGUGAAUUGUAAAAUGUGUUUAGGGGAGGGCUUGAAGCAGAAAAAAAUCCUCUGCCUGAAAAUUUCUUAUGUAGGGGUGGUAGACACUAUAUGACAGUGGUGCUAUUGAUUAAUAUUGGAAGAUAUUAAUGAUUCAUAACAAUACAAAUUCACCAAAAUUAUAAAAAGGCACAUUUUCCUAAAACAGCUGUUGUAUUAUGAAGAGACCCUUGGUGUGUGUGGUGAUUUGGGGUCUCUACUGUAUAACAGCGGAGCGAUUGAUUUUUGUUUGCAGCAUUUGCUCUUGUAUCGUAAUUUGCAGACGAUCCCUGCGCACUCGCCCGGCUACCGGCUGCGCAUGGAGAUCAGUAUUAUUCAUCCAGCUCAAAGACCGGCUUGUUAUUGUUAAACAAGUCAGUUUUUGAUUCUUGUAGCUAGUAGUCUGUGCUAUUACGACAUGAAAGAGGCAUCAUUUGUGUUUAGACAACAUUUUGUCUCAGAGUUAUUGAUCCCGGAAGUCAGAAUCUGUGAAUAUCUUUCCAACUUUACCGAACUUUUACCCACUGCUGCCAUUUAUAAGCUUUCCGGCGUGCGACACACAAAAACAAGCACCUGGCUCUUUCAGUUUUCGGCACCAGCUACCGUGAGGCUUUCCAUCUUUUCCAGGCUCUUCUGUUCAAGCCCAGCUUCCAAUAUCGCCAUUUCUUCUUCUGGAUCGAAGUACCUGGCAUCCAUCAUUUGAAAUUUACAGUUCGCCGCUCGCUGAUGCGUCUUUUUCUUCUUCUGCUUCUUCUUCUCCGGCAGGAUGUACGCUAUCCAGUGUAAUGCUGUCCUCUACCGGUCAUAUUCAGAUCUAGCUAACCACAUUUUUUAAAUUUUUUAUUUUUUUUUUACAUGAUUUAGAAAAAAAAAAAUCCUGAGCCGGAUGUCCGCCAUCGUGCCGAAGGUCUUCAAGCCAAGCCAAGUCAGCAAAUGUUUUUUCAUGUAAAUACCGCGGUGAAGUUAGUUUCAGGUUGUAUAUCCUACGGACAUUCACUGCGGUUGUGCCGGUAUCGUCACACUCUCCCUAACCAGGAAUAGCAACGGUUGAUGAAUCUACUCGGCAUCCUCGCUGUCAAUGUUGGGUGUUGAAUAAGGGACCAUCGGUAAAUUACCAGUUCAUUUUCCCGAAAAAGGCUAUUUACCUUCAAUAGUUUCCAUGUCACGACCAAUUGACCUAAAAUUGAUUUCAAAUAAUAGUACUUAAGUCGACCAAUAAGACACACAGUAUUUAAUCAGUUUUUAUUGUGCCCCUAAAGUUUUGUUUUGUGCUCCUUACUUUUUCAGCUUAGGAGGAGCACAUGUGAAAAAAGUUGGUGUCAAGCCCUGUUAGUCUAAGUAAAGUUUUGAACCAUCAGGACUUUUAUUUUCACCCUUACAGAGAAUGUGCGCAGGAUUUAUUUUGGACUCACCGUUAGAUUUAUCAGCGUGUUUAUGUGGUCUAACUGGGAAUACUCUGAGUACUCCAGGUGUGUUUUUCCUCCAGUGUUUACACAUUUGUCUCCGCAGCUUCCUCGACAAAGCUCGACUCAAACAUCUGUGUUCGUCAAAUGCUUUCAGCCUCAGCUUAAGGUUGUAAAUUUGACCAUUAAAUGCAUGUAAUCUGUUAUUACUGCAUCUCCCUGUUGCUCAUCUAAGGAGAUUUAUGAAUUUCCUGCUAAUGGUCUGUUCUUAUGAGAGCAGGAGUGCUUUGUUGGCUGGGUGUCCACUGUGGAUUUAAUCCAAGGUCAGGAGGUCCUGAGGCUAAAUGGAUGCUUAAAAAAAAAGAAAGAAAGAAACAUUAACUAGGCAUUAACUUUGUGUAAAAUUCCCUCUCUUUAAUUCUCUGAUGGUAAUUCAUUUUUUUACAUAUGCCGGAUUUUCUUUAAACCUGUAAUCAGCUUUCUGCUUUAUGUCUGUGCGUAUGUGCGGUGCGUUUUAAUGUUGUUGUGUUUCCUACAAUGACAAUAUUUUAAUAUUAUGAGUGAUUUAGCUCACUUGUGUAACUGCAGCUCGGUGAUCCCACACAAAGCUCAUAUCCCGGCCCCAUUCGGUGGUUGUGUAAUUUUGUUUUUAAAUCAGUGUUUGCAUACAUUUAGAGGCUCAGUUCUUAAAAAUCUGUUUAUCCUAAUAACAGUUUUGUAAGAAGAGGUUUUUGUGCAGAUAUAAAUCUUAUAUUUAUCCAUAAUUUUUAAAUUAGACUUUUGAUUUAAAUUGAAAUCAGAGGCAGAUGUCCAUAUUACAGUAACGUCAAAUCAGCCAAGCGAUUAAUCAGUCGAUCUGUACUGUGUUGCACAUAAUUUUGAUCUCUGACAGCGUAAUCAUUUUAAAGUCUUUAUGGCUUUUCUCCAUAUAGGAUUGUUGUUUGUUCGGCGGAGCGUGUUCCUCCUUGUAAGAAAAUUAAAAUCCUGUACACAGAGUGCCAUGAACAGGAUACUAAAAUAGCGUUGACAGAUGGUAGAGGCGACUGUUCAUGUUGGAGAAGCAUUCAGGAGGUCAGGUGUGUGAAAAUAACGAGUGCCAUAAACACAUCAUACUGCCAGAAGUUGCUGAGGACCAGUUGUACUUAAACUAAACUGAACACAAUCAGGUCACCUGCAUACUUCAGAUGAUUCAUUAGGCUAUUUUAAAGGGAUAUUCCAGUGUAAAAUUAAUUUAGGGACAAACACACCAAAACAUCGGGUUAGACACCCCCACAAGAGAUGAAUGUUGCCGACCGCUUGCUUCUUAAUAACGACCGCACAAUAGCAAUACACAGCUGUCUGAGGAGCCAUAAACAAACCUCAACCAAAACGCCACUCUAUAGCCACAAAUAAUGCUCAGAACAGCACCUAACUUCAACAACAGUACAUAAAGGGUCACAGCCACAGUACUAGCCACCAAACAUCUUUUUAGCUUUGCCUAAUUUCUUUAGCAAAGAGACUAAACACAACUCACCUACUCCCUUCCAGCAGCGCUUGUUUGUAGCGAGACCUCAGGCCAGUCCAUUGACUACAGCGGGGUGACGCAGCUUAAGGAAGAACAUUUAUGAUCAUUUUUUUGUCAUUUCCUUGAAGUAAUAAUCAUCAUAUUCAUCUUCUUGCACUGCAGACACGGUAGUUCUUCUGCUUUAGCGUCUCAGUCUGAUUACAUUUCCAUGAAGAAAUGAUCAUAAAUGUUCUGGAGGGGUUGUCUAACUCUGUUACUGUGGGUUUGCCCCAAACUUAAUUUUACGCCAGAAUAUCCCUUUAAUGAUGCACUCAGUAAUAUAGGCUUUCAGAAGCAAAGACAAGUCAUCCAUAUGUACUGUUUAGAUUAAACUGGAACUGGAGAACAAAGUUCCCCCUUGUUUGACAGGAUUAUUUUACCUGUAUAGUCAGGUGGGCGUACCUCUAAGCCAAAAUACAAAGCUUAUCAAACAGCUUUCCAUAAUUUACUCAGUCAGAAGUUUAAAAAAGCAUCAAUAAAAAUCAAAUCUACUGAGUUUUAUGUUGUCCACUCAGAGGCGCCAAAACAGACACAAACAAAAAGUUACUCACUGGAGCUUUAACCAGUUUAUCAGUAAAGGAGGAAAUUAAAUUUAAAACUCUGAUUGUGUUUAUUCUUUUUAGAUUAUUUCAGCGUUGUACAUAAAAUAUGAAAUUACCCAUAAUUUGAAUAUGGAGCAGGGAUUAAAACUACAACCUUACUGCAACAAUCUCAGAUGGACUCGUAAAGCUGUAGGUCCCUUUACAGGAUCCACUUCACCCUCAAGUGUUUAGACUUUUUUUGUACUGUCACUACAGUCAAGAUCAUCCUACAACAGCUCUAGUUUUCUCUAAAACACAAACAGUGAUAUUUACCGUUGAAACAGCUCAGAGGACAGAGUCAGCGUUCACAUCAACAAAUCAUCCCAGUUCACUUGUUCAAGGGACGAAUCCAAAUCAUGAAAUAGGGUGAAUUUUCAAAUGAUUUUACAGGUUCUAGCAGCUUAAAUUUCUACAUGUUUAGGUUUCAUCUUUAGCCUCAGUUUAAAAGAGAGGUAAACUGUAACAUAAGGAGAAGAUGCACUACUUUUCUUUUUGUAUCCGUCUGUCAAAUUUCACUUUUUUUUAUCUGUAAGCACAACCAAGAAAUGAGCACAAGUUUGGCCGAACCUGCUUCAAAGUAAACCCUCACAGCCGAGUGCUUGGAGUCGUUAGAGGAACAUUUUUUGUUGCUUUGAGUCCUAUUAAAACAUCACAUGCUGACAUUUAACGUGAACAUCUGAUCGAAUUGAGCUUAAUCUCAUCAGAUUGUGUAAUCCAACAGAUAAAAUCACUCCAGUGGCUUAACACAGAUAGAGUGGGUCACAAAGAGUUAAGGCUGUACUUUUAACCAUUUAACAUAUUCCUCAACCGCCAGUCUGAUGCGAGUACAGGAACACUAUUGUUUCUGUCGCUUAAAUGAGAUUCCUGGACUGUUGUUGUUGUUGUUGUCGAAGAUGAAUUAUGUAUGUGUUUCUGUGUUGAUAUGUGAUAGACAUGGCUCUCUGGGGGAAUGUAGGACACGCACUUAUGCAUAACAAUAGUCUUCAGUUAUAUUCUCACCGGCAAAUUGGCCGUUUAUUUCCCAUGUUCUCCUCGUCUUUAUAAGAAGUUGAUUUUUUUGUGUGCGUGUUAUAUCUAGAAAUCAGCUCCAUGUCGUCCCUCUUUACCGAAGAGCCGUUACUCUGCAUUCAUGUGGUCGCCCCAGAACUUUCACUAAAUCCCCUUUCAUAGAGGACAAAGUCAGACGCCUGUCAGUGACACUGCACAGCUGAUGGCACAGCCUGUUUAAAUGAGUCGUGAUAGAUGACAUAUUAGAUCUUUAUGAUUUAUGGCGGGUCUCUCUUGCCUUCUGAUUAUUAUGGACACAUUGAUUUCUAAUAUUCUGGUUGAAUCAGCCUGUCUAAAAAAAAAAACUUAGAUGUCUAUUAAUUGCUUUAAAUCAAAUAUUUUCACGUGAAUAAGUUUGAUUUGGGUGCAAAACAUGUUAGAAAUUUCAACAAAAUUUGACAUAAUUCAGUAACAGUAUCGCUACUUUUACCAGCACUUCUGCUUUUAUGGACAAAAUAUCAUAUGAAUAACUCAAAAUGUCAUAAUUUGCCCAUUUUGCAGCAAACCUAAACAAGCUUUUUGGCAUGUUAAGCCUAAUUUAUUGUAUCUACUUAUAUAGUCUUCUCAUAUUGUGUCUUUUUUAACCUUUUACAUCAUUGGUUUAAUUUCUCAAAAUGUUCAGUAUUUUAAAUUGUGUUUUUUAAAUUUUAUUUUCUUCUUUUUCUUUGUAAGGCGUCUUUGAGGACCUGUAAAAACGCGUAUUGAGGAAGCAAAACACAUCAAAAUCAGAGAGUGAUUGUGUUGUUUAACAAAAGUAGUUAAUUAGAGAAAUUGAAAACUUGAAAUUAAUGUCAUGUCCGUUAAAGUAGCUUAGCUAUAACCUAUUAUUUUAGAUAUCAGGAUAAAUCUUGAGAUGCAUUUAAAGAUUCACAAACUUUGACAACUUGAAUAUAUUUUAAUUUUGUAGUUUUUUUAUGAUUAAGAGGAGAUAUUAGUUUAGUCUAGAUCUGGACACAGUUUGGGUUUUGGCUGAAACCAAUAAACAAGGCUGAUGUGAACUCUGUCACAUUUGCAUUUUAGGAUUUAGCCCACCGUGUCUUGAUUUGAUGAAUAGUCAGGUGUGUUAUAGACUCGUGGACAUGGGGUCGCACCUCGUAUCCCCUCUCCCUUCGGACGCGGUGAAGUGCUGCUGCCUCUCGGGGAAAGCCUGCCUGGAGGGCGCCGCUUUACUGAUCGUGUUUAGCACAGACUUUGGUGAUCUCGGUCAAGAAAAAGCUUCCGAGGCAUUUUUCUUUUUUUAUUGUUUAACAUCCUCAAAUGCGACGAGAGGAUUAAUGAAGCGCGUCUGCUGGACCCAUAUGUUCCCUUUUAGUGCUGCUGGUGCUUAAUUAAACCGGAAUAAGGGGGAAACUCUGGUUGUUCUGCUGCAGGGGCUUAUACUGAACCUGUUGAAGUUUUAGAAAUCACAUGGAGAAAAUACCUCUUAUUUGGAGGACUGCAUGAGAAAAUAAGAGAAGUUUUUUUUUUUUUUAAUUUACACAGACUCAGACUGAUAGGGUCAACUUUGGAGAAAGUCUGUGCGUAAAUGUUGCGCGUAAAUUCGACAGUUGGAUUAAGACAUUGAUGGAAAUAUUGGAUUUAUAUUUAAAUUAUUUCAGAUUACACACUUGAUUGUUUGUCUCUUGAUGGACUAAUUCGUAAUUAAACGAACAGCACGAGCCCUCCUCUUCUUUCUCUCUUUUGGAAACGGUGCGUAAUCCCUGCAACAGAUACUUAUUUUUACUUUUAUUUCAAAAACUAAGUCUUUGAUUAGAGUUAUUUUAAUUUGACCAGGAAUGAUGAUUAAUUCUAGCUUUUAGAAAAUAGAAAGUGCAGCAUUAGAAAGUAUAAUUUCAGGUAUUUCCUCGGACUCUUGGAGCUCAUUUCUCUGCUCCCCCGUGUGAACAGAGCUGCGGUGCGCCUUCAACCGGGGGCAGCCGUCAAUAAAAAUGUUGGAUUAUCCUCUUUAAGGGCCUGGAUUAACAGAACCCCAGCAUAACUCACAUUCCUCAUAGCCUGGACGAAAAUCGUGGACGAUACAAUAGAGGAAAUAAUCAGGUUAUUUUGGAGAGUGAAGUGGAUGAACUUGGCAGAAAAGCUUCUGACAUUUUGUGUGAAGACAGUGAAACAAAAAGGAGAAUUUGAGUGAUUUACAAAUACAGUCACAGCAUUGUAUCAUGAAGUGGUUUUUAUUGUCAUUUAGUGUUUUGGCCUUCUCACAGCACAUUACAGCUCAAAUGAACCUUAUCUGAAAUCAUCCUGCACUCCCUAUUUCAAUUAACUAACGUGUCUGUUAUAUUAUUCCUCAUUUAACACUCGAGACAUGGAAGUAAUAAUAAGUCUAUCAAAUUCACAGCUGGGUUUGUGGCAAACUUGCAUACAAAGAAUUGUAAAAGAAAAGAAGAAAUCUAACACGUUGGGAAAGGACAUUUGAGCACACACACACAGACACACAGACAGACAGACUGAUUGUCUCUUAUUACUAAUAUUUCUCAUAAAUUAAUAGUGCAUCCAGGUUCGUUUCAGAGCUCCUCACAUUCACACACGCACACACACACUCAUGCUUUGAUCAAAGGGGCCCUUCAUCGUGCCAACAAAAUCAAAAAAGACAAGAGAGAGAGAGUGAGAGAGAGUGAGAGGGGAGUCUUUAAGGAGCUUAGAGAAGAGAACCUGACCUACUCCUCAAACUCAACCCAACUUCGACUCUUUUGAUCCUUUUUUCUCCUUUUGGUGCGCACAUUUGUUCCGUGUCCUUGAUCAAAGUUGGGGAGAAACCAUGUCUGAAUGUUCAAUAAAUUAACCCAACAAGUGGGACCUGCAGUCCUUGGAGGUAGGAGUUGGGGCCUCUGAUUUGAGCUCCCAACUUUUAGGGUUUGAAUUCGCCUGUAAAAGUCUGUAUUUUUGUGGAGAUUGUCCCUUUAAUUUUUUCCCCCUUUUCACAAGACUUGGAACUUCCACGCUGACUGGUCUUUGUAAUCCAAACAGUCUGCGUUGAAAUUAAGCUUCCACGAUGAUGUCUGGUCCUUAUAGUCUAAGCAGUCCGCAGCUCCAGUGAAGCCUAGACCCGUCGCUCCGUACGCCGACGAGGAGAGCGAGGACGCCGGGCUCAGAUGGCUGGACACCCCGCUGCCGCCCAUGGGGCUCAUGGCGGAGCCCGCGGCGGAGAGCUGGUGGUGCAUCGGCGAGAGGUAGGAGCCGCAGUCCAUCCCGGUGAAGUAGGACGAGGAGCCGGUGUAUCCCUGGUUGUAGCCGGACGCCUGCGUGUAGGUCAUGGGGUAGGAGCGCUGCAUGCACGAGGAGGAGGAGGUGGACAGAGGGUCCGACAGAGGGGAGAUGGAGGCCGGGCUCCAGAUAGAUACCGGCGCCGCGCUGCUGCUGCCGCCGCUGCUGCUGCUGCUCACAGCCGGGAUUGAGGUGCUGGAGGGCGGCGUGAACUGACCGCUGGCCCCGCUCUCUGAGCUGCCCUCUCGGACCGGAGAGCAUUUCUUCUUCACGGGUUUACUGACCACUUUGUUCUGCACUCCCGUUUGGGUUUGCUGAGCCUGCUGUCGGUGUUUGGCUCUUCGGUUUUUGAACCAAACCUGAGAAAGGAAAACAAAACCUUUUAAUUCCCAGAGUUGCGAGUCAUCGAUCACAAAAUCUACAUAUCAGACAAUUGGGGAUCAUCAUGGUCAUUUCUUUCUGCAUCACAUUCCUUGAAAGUAACUUAUUUUGAAAAUGGAAAAAAAGGUUUUUAAAGGGUUCAGUUUAGCAACUCUCAGUUCUCUCAAAGAGGACACUUGGGAUAUCCCUCCUUUCAUAAACAUUUGACCACUUAUUGAUUUAUUACAUAAUUUUCCCUUUUUUUGACUCACUUGCACUCGGGAUUCAGGCAGGUUGAUCUUUAAGGCCACCUCCUCUCUCAUGAAGAUGUCAGGGUACCGGGUCUUUCCGAACAGGUUCUCCAACACGUCGAGCUGAGCCCGCGUGAAGGUCGUCCUCUCUCUCCUCUGUUUGCGUGGGGUCGCUGGUUAAAAAAAAAAAAAAAAGAGAUACGAGAUGUUAUGGAGUUACGCGCACCAAAGCAAACCUCUCAAACUUGGUCAUCGAGAUAUGAUCCAAAUUAUAAUCUAGUGUUUUUUUAGGCCUCAUCUUAAUUUUUUUUUAAAGUCUGAAGUUUCUUUUUAACUUUUUUUUUAAUUUCCUGACGAGGAAAGAAAUAUUAAGUCACCCUUGAGCAAGCAACACAUUUCCGGUAAUCUAAAAUGCAGAUUAUAUCAUGUAGUAAUACUUCUUUAGGACACUAAUAAACCUCUUUGUGUUUAUUAUUACCUUGAUAUCCCACUGAAGGAUGCAGCAGGUCCACUCCUGAGGCCGAUAAGCUCAGUCCGUUCACUGUGUACGGCGGCUGUUUCAGAUAGGACAUCAUGCUGGCGGCCGGAUCAGAAAACGCCAAGAAGAAGAAAAAUGUCGAAAAGAUCUUUUUUUUUUAAAUCCUCUUGCGUCUCUAUUCGGUGUUUCACUCCGUCCGGGUCAACCUGAAGCAGGACAUAAAACAGGAAGCUCGUUUACUUUCGUCUGGAUUUUUACGCGCAGCCUUUUACGCACCGCGGAGACUUUGGAGAAGUGGGCGUCCACGGACUCGCAGGGGCUCUUAAAGCCGAGUGGAGACCCCCAGCUGUCCCUGCUGGACUGAGGAUGCUCUGUCUGGCUGACAGGCGUUUACGCCACCACCACCCCCCACCUCCUCAACACCACCACAACACACACUAACUGCUACUAUAACCCCGCCCCUCACCACUACCGCCCCUCCCCAAACACACUCAUCUCCGAGUAGCACCAAAACAAAACAUUGUCGUUAAAAUGCGCACACUCGUGGGCCCCAACCGGGCUCUCAAUUAGCAUAUACCCACAGGUUAGGCGAAGCUAAAUAGACAGCUGAUUGGGGGGCCAUUUGCAGAAACAAAGCCCACUGUUGACCGAUAAGUAAUGCUGAUAACAAAAGAGUUUAGGGCGCAAACAAAGAGGCCAACACUGCAAACUGAGCGCGCAUUCACAUACAACUCAGCAUCUUCAUUUCUAUAACUGCAGGCUAUUGUCUGUUUCCACUAAAACCCUUGUACAUUUAAAUGUAACGAAAUUAAAAUGUAAAGGAAAACUUCAGCAAAUCACUAAAGUUUGGACAUAUUAGUAACACUCCUCAGGGUGAUGGUUCCCCCUCCCUAUACCCCUCCUCUCUUAAUGAAUGGCUCCCGGUAAUUAGAUUUGGAAGGUGAGACUAUCGAGAAGUGUUGAUUAGAGAGGAAAACACUUCAUCUUAAUCCAAACAAACAAGGAGAUGGACCACUACAGAAACCUGCAUCUGUUUAAAAUGAAAAUAAAGUCGAGUUAUGUGUCAUAUUUUACCCCAGAAUUUGUGAUUUGGAGAGGGAAAAAUAAAAAAAUUGUAACAUUAUCAGCAUCCAUAAAGAGACACUGAAAAUAAAGAAAUAAAGAUGUAAAAAUAGCCAUUAAUGGAUAAUUUGUGAGACAUGACAUUUUUCAGGAAUAUCACUAAUUUAAAAAAAAAAUCAUUUAAUUUUCUUAAGGCUCCUAGACUUGAAAAAAAAUGCCCUAUAAAAUUUUACAUUUGUAUUUUUUCAUAUCAGGCCCUGAAGUCAACAAAAGACAAAGUAGGCCACUGAAUUUUCGCAAAAUAAAUCGAUGUAAAGUCCACAAAUGUACGUCUUUUUAACACGAGCUAAUUAAAGAGUGUGUACCAUAUGCUGCUGUCUGAGGCCUCUAACGUCUUCAGUGACACCUACCUGUAGCAUAAAGUUCCCAGGACCCCGGGGUGCUCCCCUCACUCUGCUCCUUAUCCAGCCAAUAACGGCCACUCCUCAACCCUCAAGCUGUCCCUUAUUUCACCCCGGAGCGACCGGUUGCUCCACAUCCGUUCAAUAAUAAUAAUGAUGAUGAUGAUGAUGAUUAUUAAACCCCCCUCACAUGAAGCCAUUAAUUAUUAUCGGCUAAUACAAGAGAUUUUUUUUUCUUUCUCCUGCGCUCUGUGUAAGAAAUUAACGAGAUAAUCCGGACGGCACGCGCUGGCCUGAUUACAGGACGCCAGCCACGACUCCGCAUUCAGGCCUCCGCAAUUUUCUGCGUCACGAAAAUAAAACAAAGCCUGGCAUUGUGUUUAUCAGACCAGCUGACUGCCAGACAACCAGCAACAACACCCCCCUUCACCCCCAACACACGCGCGCACACACAUCCAUAUAUACAGACCAACCAACCCUGACACUCACUUUCCCAAAGUGACCCAAAUUUAAAAAACCGCAAUCAUCAUAUAAAUAACCAACAUUUCUUAUUUUAUAAUUUUAAUUAUGUUGUGUUUUGAUUUUAAGGACAGUUUUUUUGCAAAAUUCAGCAGUAAAUGAACACACAAGUUUGUAAAUCGUGCGCAAAUUUGAGUUAUUUCUACGCACAUUUUACGCAAAUAUCCAACAAAAUGGAACAUCUUCGUCAAAUUAUUAAAAUUACGCUUUAUGAUCCAAAGAAAUGUUAUCUUGGUUUUGGUUUGAAACCGAGUGUGCGGUCAAACAGCAGCACUGGUGUUUUAUCUGAAGUUGUGGGCCUCUGUUAAUCGCUUGAAUGCCUCUUUGCUCCAACUCUCAAGCGCAAGGCUGAAAAGUUUCCUCCAAAGCCCGCCUCCUCAAUUACCUCCUGCAGACUCAAUCCAGCUCCAGCACACGCGCAUCUACUGGCUUUCAAAACAAAAAAAUACACAUUUCACCUCCUCACCAACGACCUAGAUAUUAAAAAUGAAUCACUUACUCCCUUUUUUCGACGCUUCUUUCAUUCAAAAAAAACAGUCUCUUUCUUUCCUUUCGUAGUCUGGCUUUCUCCUGUCAAGCUGCAGUGAUUAGUUUCCUCCCGGUAAGCUUGUUGGAUGCGGAUAAAACAGAGAGAUGCUCAGUAUUUAUGGAGGGAGAGUGAGUGAGAGAGGGGCAGAGAGGGAGCAUAAGAGAGGAAUUUUAGCAGCCAAUGGAAAUGAGAGAAAUAUGCAGUACAGAGGUGUGAGAGGAGAGGCAGCACCUAUAGGCCUUCUCCUUGUUCAAGCACCACUUCUUCAUCAUGACAUGAUUAAAUAGUUGGAGCAACUUAUUUAUAAUAUUGUGCCCCAGUUUCUUGGAUGCAAAUAAAGGUGGGAUUAUUGAUUAAAAAGCAGCCAAUCAAAGCCGAGCACCUGCUGAAUGACAGGUCUUUUUGUGUUAUAGUGAAUAACAGGAGAUUUUAAACUACAAUUUGCAAAUUUCAAGUCAAAAGGAGAAAAAAAAUUAACAAAAAAAGCAGCUGAGCCAGCAGAAUCAAAGUUGAAAGUGAAAAUAACUUCUUCUUGGAGAUGUGUCACGGUUUGAUCCUGUGUAACCCUGUAAAGGAGAUUUAAGGGUGGAGGGGAUGAGAGCUUGUGAGGCUGAGCACCCCCACUUUCACUGAUUAAAAAAAAAAAAAAGGAAAAUUCAAACAAACAACCUUACAGCCAAAAGAGAAUGAUUUUUAUUAAUUUUUCUGGAUUAGACCACCUCAGAAUAGUCAAAUAAUCUGUGCUGGAUUAUUUUGUAUAAAGUAUUUGUGUUAGACUUGUUAAACGUCUUUUUCAACAUUAAAUCUUUUUAUAUAAACUGUUUUUUCACUCAGUUCAAAUCUUGGAGUCAUGUAGUAGCUUGAAAUAAUUGGUUAGAGUGAGUUUUAUUAAUUUUUCUGGAUUAAACCACUCCUGCUGGAUUAUUUUAUAUCCAGUAAUUGUGUUCCACUUGUAUCUAAGUCUACGUUCACACUGCAGGUUAUGAUGCACAAUUCAGAUUUUUUGUUCAAUCCGAUCUUUUUGUGCGGUCGUUCACAUUACAGCGACGAAUUCUGCAUUUAAUAUGAACAGAACACGUCCGUGAAGUGACUCACAUGCACACAAAGCACAAAUUGCUUUCCGCGCCUUUUUGUGUUGUCGAAUAGUGGUGACGUUUGUCGCUUAUUGAUGACGUAUACUUCGGCUGAACGCGACCUGAACAUCCACAAUGCAGUCACUUCGGAUACAUAUCCGAUUUAUAUCCACAUACAAAAGAGGCCUGGGUCGGCUUCGAAAAAAUCUGAAUUGCACUGUUCACACUUACAUGAAAAAAUCAGAUAUGUGUCACAUAUGUUUAAAAAAUCAGAAUUGACCUGCAGUGUGAACAUAGACUAAAUGUCUUAAUCCACAUUAAAUCUUUUUAUCUAAACUGUUUUUUUUUUUUACUCAGUUUCAGUCUUGAAGUCAUGCAGUAACCUAAAAUAAUUGGUUAGAGUGAGUUUUAUUAAUUUUUCUAGAUUUGACCACUUCAGAAUAUAAAAAUAAUCUGUGCUGGAUUACUUUAUAAACUGUAUUUGUAUUAGAGGUGUAUCCAAAUGUCUUAAUUUUACAUUGAAUCUUUUUAUUUAAACUGUUUUUUUCUCAAUUUCAAUCUUGGGGUCAUGCAGUAUCCUAAAUUAAUUGGUUAACGCUCCCAAACAAGCAGCAGGUUAGAGGAGUAAUUAGGAGUCUUGAUGCCAGAUGAACAGACUCUGAGGCUUCGGCUGCUGCUUAUUAGACAGAACGAGUUAAAUCAAUACCACCUUACUAACCACUUAUGAUGGGGGGAAAACAAAGUCAGUGCUGCUAAUUAGGAACUAAAAAUUCCUUGCAUACUGAGUGGGUCAUUUUUUUUUUGUUAAUAUUGAGAUGUAAUGUUUGCUAUGAGUGUUGGAGUAAGUGUUAUUUUCCCUCAGAGACGUUUUAAAACAAACAGUCGAACAGAUCCGCUCCCUUGUUGUUCUUGGCUCCCACUGUGCGCUUUCAUCUCUGGCUCUGAUUUAUAAUUCAUCGCAAAAUAUCUGACAGCCCGGGGGAGCGUUUGAGCUAAACGGGCUGCUGGUUGUAAAAAGGUGAAGUCUCUUGUUAAUGUCUGUGGCAAUCUGCCCUCCUCCUGUCUGCGGGCAGAUUGAAGGAGUCACGCUUUCUCCUGCUGCUGCUGCUGCAGGGAGACGAAUUGAAGGCUAAGAAUCGUGGGACUGAGAUAUAACACUCUGUCACUGUGGGUUUGAUAAUACUGGCUGGCAUGAGGAAGAGUGAUGUGCUGCCUCCUCCUCCUCCUCCUCCUCCUCCUGCUGUCUUUUGUUCGCUCCCUGUGCGGUGGCUCUGUGUGGUUGCAGAACAUAAAGGACAAGAAAAAAAAAUGGUUUGAAAUCUUUAAGAGUAAUAAGUUAUCACUUUUAAAUAGGCUGUUAUUUUAUAGUUUUAUAGAUUACCACUAUUUGAAGUUGAAUGUUUGACAUUAUAGGGUGUGAAGCACAAGUUUGCCAAACAUUUGAUUCACUGCACAACAUUUAAAUACUUGCUCAAAUCACAAAAUCAGCUCAAUUUAUUUGCAAUUCAAUACAGGGACAACAUCUGAUUGAAUAUGAUAUACUUAGAGAUGCACUGUGUUAAUUUGAAUUGUCUUUAAAAAAAAACCUUAACUGCUUUACUCAUAGAGGGUUUUAGAUUGAAAACAAUUGUGUAUUUAUUCACAGUCGGAAUGUCAUCUAUCUAUCUAUACAAUACAUUAUUUUCUUUCUUUCUUUCUUUCUUUCUUUUUCUUUUAUCUUCCUUUUUUCUUAUUUCUUUCUUUCUUUCUUUCUUUCUUUCUUUCUUCCUUUUUUCUUUCUUGUUUUUUUCUUUUUUCUUCCUUUCUUCCUUUUUUCUCUCAUUCUUUUUUCUUUCUUCCCUCCUCCCUUUCUUUUUUUCUUCCUUUUUUAUUUCUUCCCUCCUCUCUUUCUUUCUUUUUUCUUUCUUUUUUCUUUCUUUCUCUCUCUCUCUCUAUCUAUCUAUACAAUAUGUUUUUUUUCUUUCUUUUAUCUUUCUCUAUCUACCUAUGUAUACAAUGUAUUCUUUUCUUUCUUUCUUUUUCUAUCUAUCUAUCUAUCUAUCUAUCUAUCUGUCUAUCUAUCUAUACAUAUUAUUUUCUUACUUUCUUUCUUUUUAUACCUUAUUAUCUUAUCUAUUUCUACUCUAUUCUAUCUGGUUUUAUUUCAUCCUCUGUGUUUUUGUUCAUCAGUCCAUCUCAAGGUCAAAUCAAUGUCUUGGCCCAAUCAGCCGACCCCAUCUGUCAUACACACACACACACACACACACACACGCACAGACAAACACACACACACACUCAGAGGACUGUAUGAUUGCUUGCUUUUUACCAUCUGUACGCUCACACUGAUAGAUUUAUUGAUAGGUUUGUUGCGGGAUGCGAUGCAUCUAUUGAUGAUUUAAACAACAAACCGAUUUGGCAUCCUGCAUCUUGAACUACAGUAUCAUCAGAGGAGUCUGUAGGAGCAGCAGACAGCAGGUGUGUCUGUGUUGGAGAAAAACAAAACCACACAUUUAGGCCAUUUUUUAUUCAACGCCAUUAGUUUUUAGAUUUAAUGCUGUUUUUUGCAUUAGAGUUGCAUAACAGUGUCUGACUAAAGUACAGACGGCUCACAGUAUCUUUUUACACAGACACAAACAAUUUCCAUACAUUUAUUUUAUAAUCUGUCUUAAGAAUCCUUCUUUUUCCCCAUAAAUAGUCAUGGCACUUCCUGCAUCAGAAAGUUGCAUAGUAUGCCUUUAAAAAGUAGAUCCUCUUGAGGCUUGAAGACGACGGCGAGAGGACGAGCAAAGAAGUAAGUAGAAAGGUUAUUGUUUAAUUUUGCUUCGUGUGCUUUAUUGUGUUAUUUGGUUAGGCCAUGUUGCACCUGAGUCGAUAUACGCCCCGAAAGACCACCUACGAAAGGAAAAUUGAGUUUGGUGGUUUUACGGUUCGGUUGCUUUACUCACAGAAAUAAGUAUGCAGACCCCUCACUUUUUUUCAUUAUUGGUCCCCGGCAGCUCACUUCCAUUGUGGCUUUUUUAAAUUGUAUCCUUUUAUUUUCCCAGUAAGUAACUUUUUUUCUUUGAAUCGCCAUUUUUUUCAUGUCAUUAACUUCCGUUGCACCGUUUUUUUUUUAUUUGCAGCAGGCUUUGGUUUCUUUUUUUUCAUCGGUGACUCCCAUUGUGGCUUCUUUUUUUUGCAUUCUUUUUAUUUGCAGCAGUGGUGUUGUUCGGCCACCGUACUUUUGCCAUUUCACAACAAAUUACCCCACAGAUACAAAAUUGACACCACCAUUCACCUAUACCCCUCCACUGAUCAACUUCCUUUGCUGUGAACUUCUAGGUGUAGGAUUUUUCUUGUGCGUUUUGUUUGACGCCUACAGACUGAUGACCAUUAAACCGCCUUUGCACCCACUGAUGCCUGCCUCCAUCAUAUCACAUUCAUGCCCUUCAUUGAGAUCCAUCCACCACUUGAGCUUUGCCCAGGGGACGCUUGAAUGUCUUGUCCCUGCUGGUACCUCGUUAACCUCCUGUGGCCUGUGGCUAGUGUUAGCCAAACUGAGAGGCCUCAUACCUGGGUAAUGGUCAGCAGGGACCAGCCCCGGGGAGCCCUGGACCCCCCAUCGAGCAAGGGGAGGGAGGCAGGCGGGACAGAGGAGGGCCAAACAAAAACACAACCUGGCAUCCCCACGGCAAACAGCCCACCUACCGACAGCCGGCAUCUGGGGCACAACACACAGCAACUCUAUUCACAUUCUGAUGACUGCAAAUACUGAGCACACACACACACACACACACACACACACACACACACACACACACACACACACACACACACACACACACACACACACACACAGGUGCAGGAGGCUGGGUUUAUUUCAGUAGAAUAUCAACUUACUCCCUGCAAACCUGCAUCAUAACAACAGGGUUCUUGCUGCAGUUAUUAAAUGUGUUUUAACUAACGUUUUUCUUAACGUUUUGUUAAACUCUGGAGCAUUUUCAAAGUCUGUUUUUAUGCUUUGAACACUCACUUUAACUGUACUUUCAAGGAAACACUGUGCAUGUGGAGAACAAAGCAAGGAAAUUGCCGGAUAGAAAGACUGACAGAAAGAGAUUUAAGGAGAGAGUGACAGAGAGAAAGAGGGAGGAGGAGUGUAAAGUUAAUCCAGUCUGAAUCGUCGGGCUCGGCUGCGGGAGUGACACUGAAAACAGUUUUUCUUUUCUUUUCUUUUCUCUGCAAAUUUGCUCUCCCCUCUCCUCCCUCUCUCUUUGCUUCCUCCCGUGCCUCUCGCUAUUUCUCUGCCUUCUUAUCCUUUUUAAUUAGAGGGGCUAUUCUGCCGCUCAGAGGACCCUAAUCCCCAACUGACCAACAAUGCAAAAAGCCAGCCUUUGAACAGCCGACCUGCACCCCUCUCUGGCCCCGAAAACCUUCCCCCCCAUCGCUGCCACCACCAAUCACUUCUCGGCCCAAAAACUCCUCCGCUCCCAUCAUUGGGAAAGCCGGCCUCGCUGCCUUCUCCAUCUUUUCCUACAUCCUGGACAAAGAACUGCAAAGAGAAGACGUCUGAAAGAGCAUUUCAAUAUCCGCCAAGCUGCUCAGAAAGCUUUGGUUUGGUACUUGGGACAAGGCCGAGGUCAAAUGGCAGGUGACUCUGACAGAAGAAAAGUUACUAAAAUAACCUGCUAACAUCUGACGUGUAUUGAAAAGAGCUAAAGAUUACCAAGGAGACUUCAUAAUAGGAGAAGGAGAAGAGGGGAAAGGUUGCACCUGCUAAGUCUCAGAGAAAACCAAAUCAGCAGCUUUAAAAAACGACGUUUAAUAGAUUUGUAUCUGUCUGAAGGCGCUGUGAUUGGUUGUUCUUUAUUGGCAGUUUGGAGUUUAGUUUUUAUUUUUUGUCAGUCAUGUGUGACACAAUUUGCAUCUUCAGUUUUGACUAAUGCCAAAGAAACACUGUCCCUUCAAAGUUUGGUUAAAAAUGUAUCCAUACUUUCAGAAAGUAGAAGGAACUGUGAGGAGUUUGUAACUUAUUUUGAAAUAGUGUCACUCUUUUAGUUUCAUCUUUGAAUUUUAGUCCGGUUUUCCAAGAAAAAAGAGAAAAAGUUUGACAGUCAGACAUACCUUGGAAUUUGGUGAAUAAAGGCGCGUUCACACCACCCUCGUUUAGUGCGGUCAAGCCGAACCCUGGAGCAUUUACUCCCUUGGUGCAGUUCGUUUGGGUCGGUUUGAACGCUGACCUCGAACUCUGGUGCAGACCAAAUAAACGAACUCUGGUCCGCCUGGAGAGGUGGAUUCAAGUGAACUCUGGAGCGGUUCAUUUCUGGUGUGAACGUCAUCCACACCAAUCACAGGAAACGCACCACACACGUCAUUCAUGCCUGUCGCCGUCUCGUCUUUAUCCGUCUGUUGUUUGCAGCACGUCUACUCCAGAAUGAAUGAAUUAAUGCCGCAGUUGGCGCUCGCUGGCUAAUAAGCCGUUCAUAGGCGCGAUCAACUAGCGCUUUUGCUUCACGCUCCAGAUGAGUAGCAAAAGCAAAAUCAGCCUACGAUGCUCCAUGACAGGCGAAGACAGCAGAGCGGGGUUUGUAUUCCCGCAUGAACCAAGGACCAAUAACCGAACAACAUUCGGGGUCACAUGACUUCAGGUUCUGUUUUCUGGAGCGAUUGAGUUUUUCCUUUGUGAACACAAACCGGACCAGUUAAUUAAAACAAAAGUAUCGUCUUGCCUUUGAUUCGAAUCAGGAAACGGACCUUUAGGUGUGAACACGACCUAAGAUGCACUUUUAAUAGUUUUUUUGUCCUCUAAAAAGUAAGCUGUGUUGAGUUCAUCCGAUGUGACUGCAGUGUCAGUGACUGCAUACGUCAUUAAUCAAAUCAAACGUCACCAUCGUUCGACAACAAAAACAGGCGCGGAGAGCAAUUUGUACUUUGUGCGCAUGCAGGUCACUUCACGGACGCAUUCUGUUCACAUUAGACGCCGCAUUCGUUGUUGUAAUAUGAACUUCCGCACAAAAGAUCGGAUUUAACAAAAAAUCCGAAUUGUGCAUCAUAACCUGCAGUGUGAACGUAGCCUUUGUCGCAAAUAUCCGUACUUUUAACCCCUUACAUUAUCAAAGGUCAGUCUCUUUAGCAGAGCGCCACAAAGUCAGGGUCAUUUUUGUUACGCCGGGCUUCUUAUUUUUCUUUUUAAGUGUGAAGUGUAAACAGUACCUCAACUUUUACCAGAGUUUGGGUAAAAACACUGAUUGUUAAUUGUAUAAAAAGACGCUACUAACCUGUUUUGACCAUUUAAUCAAACUUUUUCCCUCUUUAUUAACUCAGUCGACAGUUUACAGAGUAGAUAUUUGAACUAACAGAAGGGCAAAAUAAUUAGUCCCAUAAUUAUGUCAAUGCCGAUGAUAACAAUCCUCAAACUGUGUCUAAAAAGAAGCUGAACUAAUUUUCCUGUAAUUUUCUUCAAGCUGAUUUUCAUCAACAUUUUGCCAACAUUUCACUCUGACAAAUUGCCACCGGAGCACAAUGACAAUGCUCGCGGCUUUGAACCCGGCCGCGCAUGUGAAUGACAGAAAAAUAAAUUUACGCUGCAGUUUCCCAUUUUGCACCCCGCAUGCUGGCUCCGCGCUCCCCUCGUUCAGACGGAGAGAAAAAGCACACAGGCCAGCCAAACCUUCUGCCUGGCUAAUCACAGGCCCAAUAUUUCCAUAGCAGGCAAUUAGCAUCUUGCUUUUAUGUGGGAAAUGGCUGAGGCGAGAGGAGCUGAGCGAGUCGGGGAGAGAGGCACAGUAAAAACGGAGAGAGAAUAAAAGAGCAAUUAAGAUGUUGGGUGAGCGGAGGACAUAGACAGGCAGUCUGCUGCCGUGUGAUUUGAGGCUUGCGGGCCCAGUAAUUAGCCCUUCAUUGUGAGAUAAUGGACUUGGCCGGUCUUCCUGGUUCCCCAAGCUGCCCAGCCCGACUCGACCCAUGAAAGGUCAAAGGGCACAAUGUGCGGUUUGGCUCCUAUAUGUUUGUGUGUAUAUGAGUGUGUGUGGAAACCAUCUUUCAAGACUUGCAUCAUCUUGUCCUUAAAGUCCGUGUGAGAAAUGAAAAGAGCGCGGAAACACAAAAGGUAAAUUAAUAAUCUGUCUAAAUCUGCGAAGGUUUGGAGACAUGAGUCAACGUUCACUCAGCCCAUCACUCUUUUCUCCCGCCAUCUUUAGAGCAGCAGUAAUCUGUGAACCCUGAAUCAUAAGCUUUGGGUAAAUCUAUGUAAUACGGGUAAUUCGAUGAAGCAGUAUUUUCCUGGUGAGAGGCAAAAUCCUGUUGACUAUUCAAGGAUUGAAUCAUCCAACAGUAAUGCCAUUAGACCAGUGCCACGGAUUCCUCGCAAAAUGCUGUUUAAUUGCCAGUAACCGGCCAUUGUCUGGUGACGGGUAAACACUAGCCGUAGGUGGGGAGGGGGGGGUGGCGAGUGAAGAAGCGUGUGAAAAAGAUGGCCCCUUCGGCUUCAGCCAAUCGCCGGUUGAGAGACGGAUUUACUCAGGCUGGAUGAAGCCCGCGCUGCAAAGUGGCAGAGGCACUGGCUUAACUAAAGUCUUCAGGAGUAUAAAUGCAGAGUUACUCUCUCCUUUUAAUGCAGGAUUUGCUCAACAAUGCGAUUUAGGGGGGGGUGUCUAUUCAGGAUAGACAUUUUUUUUUUUGAGUGGCGAGGUUUUUAAGGAUCAAGCCUUGUUGCUCACGUUUAUUAGCGCAGGACUCCACAGCUCAGGGAUUGUCAGUCGUUGUAAUCGUCGAGCAGUUUAUCCAUGUUUGUGUUUGGCUUUACCUACAUGCACCCUGACACUAAGUCCCAUUCUUUCCACCUGUUUUGUUUGAAAAUCUUUAAGAACAAUAACAACCUACACCCGGACGAUUAUCCAAAGCCACACUUGCGUCAGCUUCGUGACAAUAAAACCUGAUAUUUGCUGUCCAAAUCAAAAUGAGCCGAUCUGAAGCCUCUUGAGAAGAGUUUUUCAGUUUUACUAGUUAAUCCAAUUCUCACCACACUGGGACUUUUUUAUGAGAAUUUGAACAUUUGAGGUGCUUUGUUGGGCCUCCCCUCGGCCCCUGGCUCCCAGGCCCGUCCUGGAGGACGCAGAUUUGAAGUGAGAGGUGUGGCGGCCCAGGCUCGCCUUCUUUGUGAGCCGGUGCCUGGGAGACGAGCAACGCUGCCAGAACAGACACUGAUUGGGUUUGACACUGCGUCCAGGAGGCGAGAAGAAGCUUUUCUUUUGCUCUUUUUUUUCUUUUCUAUAAGUAAAAGAGAGCCUUUUUGUAUGAAAGGCCCCUCCUCUGCUCUCCGCUCUCCCUCUAACUCCCCCCGGUUCUGUUGUGCUCCUCGCCCUCCUCCGUGGUUCCCUCUUUUUCUCUUCUCCUUACGUUCCCAUAUUGACUCCCUCAUUUUUCCCUCAGAUUAAAACCAGCAGACUUCUGUUCCCUUUGUCUUCCUCCUUUAUCGUCCCUCUUAUUUGGAUGUUGACCAGUAAAUUUGAUCCUCGGCAUCACCGCUUCAAAAAACAGCUUUUGUGUCCUCUCUCCUCAGAAGCAAAUAGAUGUUACAGUAAAACAUUAAGGGCAGUCAAAUCUGUCUCUUUUACAAGCCUGACACACUGCCACAUACUGAGCCCACUGCUGUGUCCUGUGUCGGGACUCUUCGCCACAUACAGAUCCUUAAUCACCGUGCCUCAGGCUAUGAUCACACCCUGCUCAACGCUGGGCUUUUACACAGGAUUUAGCCUUCAAUUUACUAAUCCCAGAGUACUCCUGUUCACAAAGAGCCCAAGUGGUCACUAUGAGUGUCAUACAGCAUAUGUUUUCAGGACAGAUCGCCUAAACUCAGUGAUGAAGGGAGAGUACAGCGUUUAUGUAACAUGCAGGUACAUGUAUUAUAAAACAGAGGGCUGCUUUGAAAAAGUAAAACUGAAUAAUCUCUAAUUUUGUUUAAUAUUAAAGAUUAGUGUUAGCCCAUGUUGUAUUAGCUGAACUAGCCUCUCGUACUACUUGUUUAAAGCUCCUAUGAGGAGUAUUUUUUAUGAAACAGACAAACCAUGAAGGCAUUUUUAUGAUUAUCGAAAUCAAGCAAGACCAUCAGCAAUUUUUAUAUUGUAGUUUUUAAUUCCUAAAAUUGGUAAAAGGGGGUAGCUGUCAGAGGAUAAAGUCCUGUUUUCACAGGUAUUAAUGAUAAACGAUAUGUCAAGAGUUAGCAGUGUAGGGGCCUAGGUCCUAUUUUGAGUUCAUCAAUAUUUGGAUAAUUUAAGUUUAUGUAUUUAAUUAUUUUUGUGUUGAUUUGUGGUAAAAUUCUCGUUAUUUACAUUAUUUAUAGUUAGAUAAUUCAUGUUGAUAAGUUCAUUUAACUUAAAAAUCGCAUAUAGAGUGUUUGAUGCGUAUUGAUAUCUGUGUGUGUAGUUAACCCAAGCGGGCAGUUAUGUCAGGCAUCAUGGAGUGGAGCCACACAGUUUUUUGACCUCGCUCGUUUGUUCACUUACUCUGCUUUUAUUUUGUAUUUUGCGCACUUAUAUGUUUAUAUAGUCAUGCUGGACUAGUGUAUCAAAACGAGCGAGAGGAUCCUGUGGAGUUCUUUUUAGCAAUCUCAUGGCUUCAUGGUUAAGGAACCUACAAGCAGGAUGAUAUUUAUUGUCGGUUGACUUCACUGAAGUAUGAAGAGGAUUCACUUCUUUGUCCAGAGGGGGCGCUAGAAUCGACACAUAUCAAAAGUUGCACACAGGAGCUUUAAAGAUUUACAGCGUUGGAUAACAGACUGAGUAGAUGAGCUUACCAUGCGUUUUGAUGUGAUGUUUUUAUCAGCAAGUAAAGGUCCUUACACACCGGGACCGUUUUUGUCAUGAUCCAGACAAUAUUCCGGAUACUGUGAUCCAGAACACACAAAAAUAAGAGUGUCGUUGGAAUUUUCAACGCUGAAAGAUAACCAAUGAAGAUAUAAGGAAGUGUACGCUUACAAAUAUUGCAUAAUAAAUCAUGCAUUUAUGUAUCUAAUAUGAGCUUUGUUGUUUUAGGAACAUUAUGAACAGUGAACAUACCAGUUUAAACACAAAUAAAAGUUAAUAAAAUAAACGUAACACUAAAAGUUUUGGUGUGAAUCACAAUAUAAGGGGGGACAUGAGCUUUAACUUUCAUCUGUGCUAAGUAACUUUAGCUCGUAAACUAACCUAAGUAAGUGGCUGCAGUGGCUGACUCUAGCUUCUCUUUUCCUGUGCAGACAUUACAGCAGUAUCUCUUCAUUUGAUUUUUAAAAAGGAGGUGCAGAAAACAUCAAAUUAAUGUGAUUUUCAGAUGAGUACAGUCAUAGGUUGAUUAAAGGUAUGUAAGUGAGCUUAAAUAUCAGUGAGACUUCAGUUUGAGCUCUGAAAUUGAAGAAGUGAGAAGGUGGACUUUGAUUGGUGCUGAUUAAUCUUUUGUGCCGAUCACCAGAGGAGAGCACAGCCUUCUCAAUCCGCUUAAUAGAGGCGCUAAUGACGAGCUCCAUUAGUUUAAUAUAUGCUUUUAUCGCUGUGCCCUUAGAUGACUGUAGCGUUUCAUUAGACAUGUCUGCCUCAUAUCUCACUUUGCACCCAGAGGAAACUGUGAAGGGAUUAAUUUUAUGAUGGACCCCCUGCCUCCUCGCUGCCUCCCUCCUUCCCUUCAAUCCUUCCCUCCUUCUCCUCUCAGCUCAGCUCCCGGCCUCAGCCAGAGGACCCAGGAGGAAUAGUGUCUUUGUCGUCCUGCCGUUUUUUUUUACGGAGUUGAGGAACAAGAGGAGUUUAAUCCUCAUUGUCCAGGAGACUGCAGAGGGUGGGGUAGGGGGGUGAGGGGGUCCUCCGGCUGUAAAAUGAUCCAACUGGCCUCGGCUAAUCCCCUCCUAACCCCCCCACUCCCAGGCCUGACCCCCCCCUCCCAGCCGUGAUUCACGACAACGGAAUCACACAACAAACACAAACACACAUCCAAAAAAAAAUCACGAUUAUGGAGUAAAUGCUGCGUCUUUAAAACGCUAAACCAGAUAAAAGAUGACAAAAAUCAUCUAAUAUUGAACGUCGGGCCUUUUACACACAAACAGGGUUAUAAUGUCAUUCAUAGUCGUGCAUUAAGUGGUUUAGAGGGGUAUGUUUAAGUGGGAUUUAACUUAAUCACCUACACAGCGGCUUAAUCAACUAGUAACCCAUCUUCCACUCUGGGGAUGCUCACCAGCAGUUAGAGGUGUGUAAUCAACCCACACACACACACACUUCUCUGAGAUGAUAGCAUGUGUGUACCUGUGUGUGUACCUGUGUGUGUGUGUGUGUGUUCAACUGUUCAAUUUUGUUCUUCUAACAGGCUGCAGUGACGUUUAUUAACAUGCUGAUGACAGGAAAUAAACAACAGCCUCUUGUAUGUCAUUGGGAGUAGUGAUGAGAGGAAGUGUGUGUGUCUGCAGUUGUGUGUGUUGACAAAAUAAAGCAAUAAAUUUCAUUGUUCUUAUUAGCUGACGGAUUAUUUCCAGAUGAAGCGGGGACAGGACUGGACAUCUAUUUGACGUUAAGUCUCUCUCUAACAAGACGGAUGCUCUCCGGUCUGCACAAAUCUUCUCCUACCUUGCACACACAGCCCCUCCGUCCCCUCCCUCACCCUCUCCCUUCUCCCCAUUCUGUCUUUAUUUCUCCUCUGUUCCUCUCUCCCCUCCUCUCUUUCUUUCUCGGCUCUCCUCCCUGAGUGACAGCUCAAUACCCGGCUCUCCCAGGCUUAUCUAGCCUCAGCAGAUGGUUGACUUGGAUCACUGUUCAUACGCCACGAUCUGGGCCGGUGAUAAAGACUGUAACAGAGGGAAUACGUGCUAUCUCUCGCUCGCUCGCUCGCUCCUUUCUUCCUCUCACUCCUUUUCCUCUCACCUCCUCUUGAUCCGCGCCACUCUCUCUGUUUUCCCCCUAACUCUUUUAAACUCAUCUCUUUUAUUCACUCGCUCUUACCUGUCUUCUCUUCUCCUUGUCGCGUCCUCCACCUUUCUCAGACGCUCUCUUUGUCUCUCCGCACACCCUCCCUCAAUCCUCCCCUCUGUGUCUCCUCAUCUCCCUCCAUCCCUCCAUCUCCCCUGCACUGGAUCUGGUGCUGCGCGAUUGUCUCUGCCUCCCUGCUGGGCUGGCGCCUGUCUAAAGGGCCCCAGGACCCUCACACACUGAGGGUCUCCAGCCAUGCCAGAGAUGCCCUCUCUCUCUCUCCCCUCUCCUUCCUCUCCUCUCCUCCUUUCUGAUAUCAGCUCAUCUGCUCCCUCUUCAUCUCUACUGGAUGGAAGAAAAGGUCAAAUUGUGUCUCUUUCUGGCUCUUCUUCACUUCUUUGUCGCACACAAGACUACUUGUAACCGCGUAUUUGUCAUCCAACCCUCUUUUGUGCGUUUUUCAAGUUGUGAAUACAUGCAAAAAGUACAAUAAGUAGACGGGUAACCUUCAAAAAGCUGCAGCCUGAAGCUUCCUGCACUCACAUCUCCUUUUUCAAUUCCAUGAUCACUACAAUUCAACAACUGAUGUUCACUUCACAGGCCUUAAAGUGCUCAUUUUUAUGUAUACUUCACUUGCCUGCAGUGCUCAUUUGAUGUCUUUGUCGUGUGUUUUUUAUUCUACAGAGAAAAAGAGGGUAUAUCCGCCACUGAAGAGAGUGCUGGGAGUGAUAUGAAUGACAACAUAGGAUGCAACACCUUGUAUGGAAAGAUUACUGGCGAGCGGAUCACUUGAACGCGCCAUACGUUAGCUCUGUAUGAUCAGCGCCAGCGUGAUAUGAGCAAUACGAGGCAUGAAAGUGAGGAGAAAUCCUUCAACUUUAUGGUGUAGAGACGGGAUGCUGAAAUGAAGGAAAUAUCGGGUAAAAUUCUGCCAGAGUGAAAAUAAGUUAGAGAAGCUUUCCUCUAUCUGAGACGAAUCUUAAUCUGAACGGAAGAAUCUGGCAAACACACAAGGGCACCUGCAUCCGCCCAGCCUGCCCUGCUUUUGUUCUGCUCCGACCCCCUAACUUUAGCCCCCUAAUUAACCCUACAGAAACUAAUUAAAUACAGCUCUAGUGGACCAGACGCCAGACAGCAAAAAAAAAGAGGAAGAAUAAGAAGAAGGAGGAGGAGAAGGAGGAGGAGGUGAGCCAAAGUGACGAGCAGGAGAAGAAGAUGCAACCCUUGGCCUUCAGAACAAGAAACAGGGUGAGGAACUGAGACGACAAUGAUGAUGGUGGAUGAUGAUGAUGAUGAUGGGCAAGUUGCACCUCUUCUUCAAGCACUCCCAGACCUAUAUUCUUCUCUUCAUGCUGUCAUUUCUCAAGGUAUUUUGGUGCUUCCUCUUAGAUGAGAGAGGGUGCCAGCUGCUGUAAUCACAAGCAAACCAGUCACAUGACGCAACCGACGCCCUGAAGAUAUUUGGAAGAGGCUAUAGAGGCAGGAUGGGGAGAGCCGCGGAGAGACAAGAGCGGCGUAGAAGGGGGGAAAAAAAGGAGGAGGAGAAAGAGGAAGAGGAGGGGAGAGGGGGAAAAAGAGAAAAAGGUACGGGACAGGAUUGUGAGAAAGAAGAUAUGUGAAUAUGGGUUCAAACCAGCCAAGUGUCUCUGGCAAAGACGCUGCAGCUCCUCGUCCCAGGCAGGCACGGCUCGCUAAGUGAUAGAGAAAGUAAUUAAGAGAAGCCUGUUCAAGUAGAUAGGCCUGUAAAGGAGAUUUGAAGAGGGGAACUGAUUGUGCAUGUCUGAUUCCAGCUCUUCAGAGAGUUCUCAGCCCCGAGGCUUAGCUUUCAAAGGGCCGUCUCUCUCUCAUUUUUCUCUCUCUCUCCAUCGAUCUUUCUGUCUCUGUGACAUUUAUCAACAAAUAGCGUGACACUGCCUCUUUCAACAUAUCUAUCUAUCUAUCUAUCUAUCUAUCUAUCUAUCUAUCGAGUUUUAUUUAACCUCUGUUUUUGUAUACAAAUGACCUAUUUUCUUUUUAAAGCUCCUGUGAGUAACUUUUUUUGUGUUGAUUUUGGCGCCCCCUUGUGGAGAAAACAUUCUUGGCCUGUCUAGCUUAGUAGUGUGUUCUGACAAAAACUGACAAAAAGUGUAAAAUUUAUUGUGAAUAUGUUUUGUGGAAACUGGAAGAAACAGGGUCGUCUCUUUCGCUGCUUGGCUGACACCUUCCACCUUAACUUAAUGAACCGAUCUUAUUGGUCGAUUCAAAGGUCAUGUUAAAGAGCACGCCUCCCUGUAGAUUCGCUGCCUCUUAAGGUCCUUACACACCGGGGAUGACAUGAAUAUAGAACACGAAAUUACGAAAUAUUCAGGGGCAAAUUUUGAUGCGCCUGACUAUACACAUCAAGCCCGAUGCGAUUUUGCGACUUUCCGGGGGGGAAAAAGAUGUACCCCGGGUGGAAGCGAGAAGACUGACACAACAGCAGACGACUGUUUUCAGUUCUGAUUAGACUCUAGUGUUGAGAUGUCUGUCUGUCAUGAUAGCAUGUACUGAGUCGGGGCCAGUGCCAGAUGAACACAUUAAAAUAUGAUCCAUAAAUGUAAGGUAACAACUGAGACCUAAUGGUGCUGUGACAGCAACGCGAUUGAGUUUGAGACAGUAAAAAUACAUAUGGUAUGUUGUAUCUGAACAGGUUAGCUUACGAGCUAAAGUUACUUAGCACAGAUGAAAGUUAAAACAAAGACGUUUAUCAAACUGUUAAAGCACACAAACUAUCGUCAUAUGAGAGAUCCGAUGCUAUGACUCUCCACAAUUUGUCCUUCAGGUCGUUAUCUUUGUAAUAUUUGUGUCUUUAUCGAAAAGCACUCUGUUCUCCGACACGUAAACAAUCAGCCGGUCGGCCAUGUUGGAUAUACCGGUGAGUCAGACGUUUCAACAACAUGCAAUCUGAUUGGUUAGAAGUGGACACACAGUAUGCAAAACUACAGAAAAAUUGACCGUAAUCAAAAAUAAUAAAUGCCGCAAUAUCGCAGGAUGGGAAAACGUCGCUGAUGUGAACACUUGUAUUGACAGGAUACGGGUUCGAAAAAAAAUUGCGACGUCUGAAAUAAUCGCACCAAAAAAAAAUACACUCCCAGUGUGUAAGGACCUUUACACUUCUGAUUGUGGUUGAUUUUUGAAAAAUAUACCCUGUUGCAUUUUUUAAGUUUGUGUUUUUAAUUAUAUUUAAGUCAUUUACUUUGUAUCAUGUUUUUAUGUUUGGUUAUCUGUUUGUCAGGACGCUCUUGGUACAGAGGGUUUUAAUCUUAGUGAGCUUUGUAAGAAAAAUCAAUUUAAAAAUCUAUUUUAAAGGAAUAGUGAAGUCAAUCACCGCCAUAUGCUUGAGGCCUUGAUAGAGUAACACUGCCACCUAGGAGGAGCCACAGUAAACCAUCUUGCGUAAACCUGGACCAGGUUUUCAGCAAGUCAGUCGUCAGUCUUGCCCUGAUUUGUAUGUUUCAUCCUUACUGUGAGUAAAGUAUGAAGUAAUUAAGAAAUAAUCACCACACUUUUUACAGUCUUCUUGAAUUGAGGAGAGAGAUUAUAGUGUUUUAAGAAAGAGGAGGAGACACAAACUAAAGUAACAAACUGAUAUUCAGUUAACACUUCAAUUAAGUUUGAGGCAUUUGUAAUCAUUUCUGGUGAGUGCUGAAACAGGAGGGUCUUUUCCUCAUUUAUAAACCUAAGUAGACAAGAUAGGAUAUACAGGAAAACUAAUCAUGAAGUUUUACUAUAAAACACUUGAGCACUAAGUAAAAACAGAGACUGAGGACUUCCUGUCUCUCUUUAUGAUGACAGAUAUUAUAUUCUUAAUUUUUCAAAACGCAUUUUCAGCUGCAUCAAAUUAAAGUUCCUACUGUGCAUUAAUGCAGAAAAAUAAAUGUUUGGUUCACUGAAGUCUAGUUCUCUCUCGUGUCUGAUAUUAUGUCAUCACACAGGAUAAGGAUGUUGUCUCGACCCUGGGGUAGAAACUUUGAUUUAACAUCUGAUUAUAAUUUUAAAAAUUAUUGUUUUAUUUCAAAAGAUACUGUAACAUUUUCUGCACAGAUAAUGGCUUUAACUUCCACAAACUAAAUCAAACUUGAAAAGACUUCAUUAUACAUUGAAAAGAAUCAGAAAAGCAGAUAAAACUGAUCCUCUGGCGACAUCUGCUGGAGAAAAAGCGAUGUUGUUGCGGUUGUGAAAGAGAGAGGGAAAUCCUCAAAUAAAUCGUGAACUUGGCGUCCCCUGUUGGUGGAAAUCAGAUAAGACGGCUGUGAACCUUGGAGAAAGACUCCACAUUUGGCUCCGACCAUACAAGGAACAAAAGUUAUCAUAUAACUUUUGUUCCUUCAAACCAGUUAACGUUUUAAGAGAUUUCAAAUACAUUUUAAAUUCGUUUUGAGCAGUUGUGACUGACUCCCCCUACUCUUGUCUCAUUUGUGUUUUUGCUCUGCUUGCUUUUUUUGGUAAUGUACCAUUAUCAUUUUUUAAAAUGUUAUUGUUGUUCUUGAUUUGUUUUUGUCUCUUGUUAUUGUCUUUGUUGGUGUUUUUUAUUUUUAUUUAUUUUUUGUUAUUUCUUGUUUCUAUUAUUAUUCAUGUUGCACCUCACUCCUUUGCAUGUCUUGUUAAAUGUUUGCAAUAAAAAAAUACAUUAAAAAAAUGAAAUAAAAUAAAAUAAAUACAUUUUUAAAAAUAAAAUAAUAUAAAAUAAUAUAAUAAUAAAAAAAAUUAAAAUAAAUUAAAAAUAAAUUUAAAAAAUUUAAAAAAUAGAUAAAUAAGAAAGAAAUUGUUAACUGGAUAAAACAAAAAAAAAGAUUAAAAAAAAAGAAAAUACAUAAAAAAUAACAAACUAAAUUUAAAAUAAAAGUAAAUAAAAAAACAAGAAAAAAGUUAACUCUAAAUAAAACUUAAAAAGAAAAAAUAAGAAAAUACAUUAAAUACAUGACUUAAUGAACUAAAAAUGAAAUAAAAGUCAAUUAAAAAAAGAAAAAUUAACUGAAUAAAUUUUUUUUAAAAGCAAAAGAAAGAAAGGAAAUAUUAAAAAAUAAAAAAUUAAUAAAUCAAAAAAUAAAAUAAAAUACAAAUAAAUAAAGUUGACUGAAUUAAACUUUUUUUUAAAAAACGUCUGAGGACCUCAUGACUGAACUGUGUAAAUAAGUGGCUGAAAAAGAAAAAAAACUGCUGCCUGUCAUGCGUUACACCACUGUCGUAAAACGCCUCUGUCUGCUGUUGCAAUGGCGUUUGCUGCGACAGCACUUUCCGGCAGCAGGGAAAUCGAGGAGAAAGCAGAGACUACCGUCUGGAGCGGAUACGGUAUCGCCUGAAAAUCCGCUGAAUUCAUGUGAUAUUCGGUUAGAUCGCUCUUAUACCCUUUGUUUAUGUCUUGGCUUUGUUGAUGAGAUUGUGUUGGACCUCUUCUAAGCGCGAAUCUCCACCUUAAUGCGGUGGGAUGGCCACAGUGCCGCCUGGGCCUAGUAGCGCACUGUCUGCAUCCCCGGCUGAAAGUCCUCCUUUCCCCGGGGCUGGGACCGCGGAGCCGGCGGGGGGAGACGGGAAGCCAGCCUGUCACCGGGAGGACCGUGUACCCUCCGAUCCGGGGAAGAAGUCUCAGACGGUCAACGAGGUCAAAUCGUCGGUUCAGAAGAAGCAGGUGAACAUGCUAGCCCGAGCUAGCCCGGCGGCGGCGUCGGCGCUGCACCUGAAAAUGCAAGCCCGGGAGCAGCAGCAGCUGAACGGGCUGUCGAGCCCCACGGAGGACGGUGACAGCCACGAACACACAGGAAACCGGCCCGACAAUCCCAGACCGUCCGUGGACAACUGUGACAGCUGCACCGAGGAGGCUCCGGCCGUGAGAAACAAUAGUGAGCACUGCCAACAUGAAGAAGGCCACAGCCCCUGCUGCUGCUGCCGCUGCUGCUCCAAAAACGGCACCCACUCCCCCCUGGUCAACAAUAGCAUGAACGGGAUGCCGGGUUUCACGAGAACUGACGCGGCCCACCACCACCACCAACAACAACAACACCACCCCGAGGACGAAGGGAGAGACGAGUUUGUUCACAUGACAGAAGCUGCCGGGCCCGGCGGAGAGGAGGAGGAGGAGAGCCCCGCCGGGCCGCAGCAGCAGCAGCCGCCUGCCGCAGAGCUGGCCCGGCUGGACCUGAGCGGGUCUCCCGGCCGAGCGGAGGUGGAGGAGGAGGAGGAGAGCCACGGCAUCCGCUAUGUCCGCUAUGAGUCUGAGCUGCAGAUGCCGUGGAUCAUGAGACUCAUCACCAAGGACUUAUCUGAGCCUUAUUCAAUUUACACCUACAGGUACUUCAUCCACAACUGGCCGCAGCUCUGCUUUCUGGUGAGUGUGACUCUCUUACCAACACCAAAAUACCUUCUUCCCAUUCCUUUACCUUGUUUAUUAUUCCCUCUAAAUGAGUGCAAAAGACACCCUCCUUUUUGCCCAAGGACUUUGGUUACCUGAAGCUGCAUACCAAUAGUGGGGUUGGGUGUGACUGCAUGCUUUCACCUGUCAGCGUGUCUGACAGGCAGCCAAAUAUGGAGCUGAUAUGUACUGAAGGCAAACACCCAAAAAACACACAUGCGUUAUAGGGCUGGGCGAUAAAAUGAUAUACAUGUCAAAUUAAUUUCCCUCACUAUGAGUAUAACACAUGAUCAAUAUGCUUGUCGAUAGCUGACAUUCCACCAUGUUUUGGUCGAUUUUAUGAAUAGUCAAUGAAAAGGGGAGUUGCUGCAGUCCGCUUAGCGCUGAACAAAUCAUGUGCUGAAUAAGAACAAAGUAGCAAACAACUGUGUAGUAGCAGGCUGCAGUUACACGCAACCAUAACAGUGUUGUUUUCGAAAAUAUUUUCGUCAACAUCGUCAAACGCUAAACAUAUAUUCUUAGACAUAGUUUAUUCUACCCUUACUGCCAUGGCUAACAGUGUAGCAAGGCUAAUAGCAGAUGGCUAACUCUAACUUUAGCUUGCAUAUUACAUGGUGCUUCACCGUUAACUCAGCGUGAUCGAGACCAGCACAGCGGGGAACAUGGUGACGUGGGUUGAACUGAAACUUGUUGACUUAUUGUGUAUUUCACAAACUGGUUUAUUUACUGUUGAGGCAGACCACUCUUCCUCGUGCGUGCCUGAGCUGCCUGCUUCAGAUCCGUCACUCUGCUGUGCUGUGAGGUAGUUAGUGGAUGAAGAUUGUCACAAGGUCGCUGCGCCACCUACAGGAUAAGUCAGGGAACGUUUCAAAUUGCGGAACAUUUUCAAAGUGAAACCGAAUCUUAUUCUCCAUUUUAUUCCUGAAAAUAUGGGGGAUAAUCGGCGAGUUUUGGCUGAUUACCGAUUAGUCUCAAACAGGCUGAAAUUGGCAGAUUUAAUGAAGGUGAAGAUGAAGGUGACAACACUGGCACGAAAACGUUGGUGGUGUAGAGGUAUUUUAGUUUUCUGAGGUCGGACAUGAAGCAGAGUAAUGUGUACUGCGAAUUAUGCAGAGUACACGUUCUCGCAAAGUCGGGGAAUACCUCAAAUCUUUUUCACCACCUGAAGCAGUGCCGCAUGGCAGAGCUCGCGCAAUGCAAAAGGUUACAAACCCCAAGCGGAGCAAGGAGCCCAUGGCGCCUGUGCAGCCGAAACAGCCAACCAUUCAGUCCGUUUUCUCUAGCGCAACGCCUUACCACAAAAUGUCAAAGAGACACAAAGACCUCACAGAUGCAGCAGCUUAUUGUAUUUCAAAAGAUAUACUACUAAUAAGCACUGUUAAAUUUCAUUUUUUAUAUCGUGAUUUAUAUCGUGAUUUAUAUCGAUAUCGACUGAUAUAAAAAAAAUACAUUGUGAUAAACUUUUUCCCAUAUCGCCCAGCCCAGAUGUGUUAACGUCCUACUGAUAAUGAAGUUUGUACUCUAUCUUUUUAGCCAGUUUGUCCACGUCUCUCACACAAACUCUUCUACAUUGUUCUUGUUUAUCCGAAGGACUUCAGUCUGAGUUGACAGCGGUCCAGUCAGGGAGGGUUUAGCCGACUCUAUGUCUGUUUUAUUUCAUUACUGAUGCAAGAAUCUGUCGUGAAGCCAAACUCAGGCAGACAGGAGUAAUGAAAGGUUUUUAACGCCUUAAAUAGUAGAGAAUAAUGUCAACGCACUGGUUUCCCCUUGUACCUACAGCGUCAGUUGGAUCUUUUGUUCCUUCUUUGUUUAUCCUCGUCACCUCAAGGUUGUAAACAAUUUAGUUCCAGUUUGUCAGGAGCCACAGUGUGUGACAGAAGAGGAAGUGUCGUGAAAUAAAGGUCAGAGGUCAGUUUAGAGAGUCAGCAGAACAGGCAGGAUGGCUGCAGCUCUACAGGAACUCCUGCCAGGUUUUUAGCAACCGCCCUGAUAAACAGCUAACUAUUAUCUGUGUGUGUGUGUGUGUGUGUGUCACAGGCCAUGGUGGAGCAGGAGUGUGUCGGAGCCAUCGUUUGUAAGCUUGACAUGCACAAGAAGAUGUUCCGUCGUGGCUACAUCGCCAUGCUGGCUGUGGACUCCAAACACAGAAGGAAAAGCAUCGGUGAGAUGUGGACUCCGCUUCAGACUAGUUUGAGAGAACCAGCAGUGUCUUUGAAAACCAAAUCUCUUUAUGCAAAUGCUAAAAUUAGAUAAGUUAUGCAGCCUGAGUUCACGCGAAACACUUCUGCCUUUCUUAUAAUACAAGUUUACACGCCAAACAAACAGAAAAUACAAGCAUAAUUUUCUCUAAAGUAAAAAUAAUUUUUCAAAACUGACUCAAACUUGUGUUUGUCAGGUACUAAUCUGGUGAAGAAGGCCAUCUAUGCCAUGGUGGAGGGGGACUGUGACGAGGUAAGGCUUGUGAAACUCAUUCUUAUUGCGGGGUGUCUCAAUAAGUAAACAUGUCAGGCUUUUUGUUGAACCUUAUCUGAAAACUUCUCAGGGGGGUUUGGUGCCAACAUGCAUGGGCUGUCUGCCUGACAUUGGCAAAGACUCAAACCAUGUGUGCCAAAGAAUUCACUCUCAACGCUCAUGUGUGCCGUAGAAAGGAGGAUAGUCCUGCAAUAGAAAAAAGAAACUGAAGAAAUCAAAUGACAACACAUGAAACUGAUGUAUAAAUAAACCACAUGUUUGAUUAGUCUUUUUUGUGUUUAAAUUUGGCAAGAGCCCGAUGUCAGCACUGCUGAAAAUCUUUUCUUCCUCUAACAGCGAGGCUCUGUGUGAGUAAAAGAAACUCAACCAAGCUGCUCGUAUUUCAAGGCCCACACGUCUCGCUCGACCCUCACAUAUCUCUCUGCUGGUUACCUUGGUUUGAUUGUCAUCUCCUUUGAGCAUUUGAGUAGUCCCCCCGGGCGACAAGCUAUUUCUCUCACUCCCUGAGCAAAAACCUGCGAAAUCAUUCACGGCGUCUUCCACACAGGAGGUUUUGAAACCGUUUCUGUCUUCAAAUAUUAGAAGUGGAAAUGAGAUUCAACAUUCAGAUUUCUGUUGAUUGAGACCAAAGAGCCGCCGCCGUGUUUCACCAAAAUUAUCAUAAUGUUAAUGUGAUGGGGUUACACAACACAUGCUGAUUAAGGAGUGUAUUUUUUAUCACCUGGCGACGGCAAGCACCAAAGCUGUGUUGUGAGCAGUUGUCACAAUUAGGGAUGUGCCGAUAUACGAUUUAAUAGCGAUAUGCGAUAUUAAACGGCCGCGAUGAUGAAAUCAUAAGGUACUGUAAUAAUCGUUCCACAAUUAUAAUUUAAAGACGAGUGGCAGCAUCACUCAGCAGAGGCGAGCGAGUAGUCUUACCCACGGUGUCAAAGCCUCAGUAGCAAAAUGUACAAACAAACCACCACAGAAGUAGUCAUGUAAAAAAAGUAGCAUCAAACUGGGCUAGACUCCACCUGCUUCCCUUUAAUAGUAAAAUGCAUUACUGCUGCUCUUGUGAAUGUGAAUGACCCACUGAGUGGCGUCUAUUAAAAGUCACUUAAUAAAAAUAAUCAGCUUUAUUCCUGAAUCCUGGUGGUCUCACUCACAUUUGUAGGCAAAAAAAAGGGUCAGAGUUGAUUUCAUAACCGACUAAAAUCUUCUCACAGGAGCUUUAAUGACGCUUGAAUUUCCCUUCAGGGAUAAAUAAAGUUAUUUUUAUUCUCAAUAGAUCAAACCUGCCUCAAAGGCACAAACAGGAAAACAGCUGUAUCACAGAAUAAGCCAUACUGCUGGAGUCACUUUUGUAGUGUUUUGAUUUUCUUGACAUUAUGAUUUAUUGUUUCCACCCACAUUUAUUCAUUCAUUUUUGUCGACUAAAUGUCUUUUUCGAGGAUCCACAUUAGAGCUGCCUCGGUUUGAGAGCUGCUCCUCUCUGUCCCAGCGUACCGAGCCAGAGCCACCGCUAAUGUUGUUUGGUUGUGGACAGCGCUAUUCCCACCGCGACCAGUGAAAAAAUGCCUACUCAGUGUUACAGUUAGCUUACUUUGGCAUAAAGCUGGAGCAGAGGGGGGAACUGCUAGCUCAGCUCAGACAAAGGUGCAAGACACACAGAGCUGGUAUAUGACACACUGAGGGUUGAUUGGCAGCUUGAUUACUCAAUGAAAUUAUUCUUGGCCAGAAACAGCUGAACGACACCCCCCACCACCACACACGCCCUAAAAAAAGUACACACAGUACCUGAGACAUCCUGUACCGUAUAGCUUUUAUAUUAUAUGCAGUCAUGAACCAAAGUCAGCUUACUGCACAAGUAUUAGUGAGUCCCCUCUCAGCUAAAAGGGGUCUACAGCUGUGUUUUCUUUCCACAGGUUAGCUCUCCUGUAUCAGCUGAGCUAGCAGAAUGAAGGAGAUUUGAUCCCAUGAUUAGUGCAUUAAAGGGAUAUUCCGGCGUAAAAUUAAUUUAACCCCCUCGAAAGAUGAAUGUUGCCAACUGAUUGCUUCUCCAGUUCUACCAACUUUAGUACAUGACCACAGGAUAGCAAUACACAGCGGUCUGAGGAGCCAUAAGUAAACCUCAACCAAAACGCAACUCUAUAGCCACAAGUAAUGCUCAGAACAGCACCUAACUUCAUCAACAGUACAUAUAGGGUCCCAGCCUUAGUACUAGCCACCAAACAUCUUAUUAACUUCACCUAAUUCUUUAGCAAAAAGACUGAACACAACUCACCUACUCUCUUCCAGCAGCUGCGUUUGUAGUGAGACCUCAGGCCAGUCCAUUGACUACUGCGGGGUGACGCAGCUCAAGGAAGAACAUUUAUGAUCAUUUCUUCAUGGAAAUGCAAACAGACCGAGACACUAAGACAGAAGAACUACCGCGUCUGCAGUGCAAAAUGAUUAAUAUGGUGAUUAGUACUUCAAGGAAAUGAUGAAGUAAUGAUUACAAAUGUUCUUCCUUGAGCUGCGUCACCCCACAGCAGUCCGUAAUGGACUGGCCCGAGGUCUCACUACAAACAAGCAGCUGCUGGAAGAGAGUAGGUGAGUUGUGUUCAGUCUCUUUGCUAAAGAAUCAGGUGAAGUUAAUAAGAUGUUUGGUGGCUACUGCUAUGGUUAGGACCCUAUAUGUACUGUUGAUGAAGUUCUGUUCCGAGCAUUAUUUGUGGCUAUAGAGUGGCUUUUAGGUUGAGGUUUGUUUAUGGCUCCUCAGACCGCUGUGUAUUGCUAUCCUGCGGUCGUUACUAAAGUUGGUAUAACUAGAGAAGUAAGCGGUCGGCAACAUUCAUCUCUCAAGGGGGUGUCUAACUCUGUGUUACGGUGUGUUUGACCCUAAAUUAAUUUCAUGCUGGAAUAUCCCUUUAAAUAUGGUUUGGUUUUGAAAUGCAAAUGAUUAUUUGGGGUGUCUAACCUUCAACAUGCACAAUUUUAGGAAAAAAACGUCAUUUCUAUGUUUGAAAAAAUGUGCAGGUUUCUCUAAGACAGAGUUACAUUAUACCUGUUUUGUGCUAUCAUAUGGUGAAGUUUGUCAUGUAAACAUAAACAUAAUAACGCGCCCGUCUGUGUGUCCCCAGGUUGUAUUGGAGACCGAAAUAACCAACAAAUCAGCCCUGAAGCUGUACGAGAACUUGGGUUUUGUCAGAGAUAAGCGGCUGUUCAGAUACUACCUGAACGGAGUGGACGCGCUGCGGCUCAAACUGUGGCUCCGCUAGAGGAACGAAGAGGGGACGGGGGAGGAAAAAAUGGGACAGCAGGUGCUGUUCACCUCGUACACUAUCAGCUUGACAGCCUCAGCUCUGCCCUGGUCAUUUCACUCUUAUAUACACACACAAACACACAGCACACACCCUCUCUCUCACACACACACACACACACACACAAACACACACACUUGUGUUCAAACAUAAGGAGUAUGCGCAUAGACAUGCAAACACGCCCUCGUUUUGUCCUCGACCUCUGAACAAGUGUUGCUUUGGCAGAAACAGACUAACAACCCUCCUGAUGUUUUCAUGAAGAGGCCCCUCAUGCUACCUGAGAAGAGGAAUAGGAGGAGAGGUGGGGGUGAGGGUGGUAUUGGGGUGCAGCAUCGACCGUGACGUGAGGCAGCUCAAACGAGGACACGGCACCACCACCACGGCGAGUCCUGGUGCAGAACACAGGACACAAACAGACUUCAAGAAAACAAAACAUGACGUGAAACAAGGAAGUAAGGCGGCAAAAACAGACUGGGAAGAAAAAAUAUUUGUGGAGUUUAUUUUUGUGUUUCUUUUUUAACCUUGGACGGUUGGUGGAAAAGCUAUAGUAUGACUGUGUGUUUGUACCGCCUCAUGUUUGUUUGUGUUUUUUUUUUUUUUCUAAAAAAGCGGGUGUGCGGCCUGUUUUUGUGUGCUGACAGUGUGAGUGUGAGUGUGUGAAGUUAGACUACUGUUGUUUUUGUCUCCCUCCCUGUCCAGUUUUCCAUCACUUGCCUCAGCCUCCAGGACUGAAGCCUGUAAAGAUAUGCAUGCAUUUAUUUUACUGUGAGUGCGGGGGGAAAAAGUGCGAACUGUGCGUGUGUGUACGUGUGUGUGUGAGUGUGUGUGCAGAUUAACCCAGUCUAAAGCUAACCCUCCUUCCUGUUUUUGGUGUAAGCAUGUCGUCACAGAGCAGUUGAUCGAAAUCACUCCAUUAGCGCCUCAAACUUCGCCCACCUUCUCUCUUCGGUCCCCUCCCCUCUGUCAUCAAACCCUCACAGUAUGGUUGAGAACUUUCUUCUUUUGUUUUGAUUUUCCAAAUGCACUGCCAGCUGCUGCAAGAUUCCCCAAACAGGAGGAAGAGAGACUCCUUGCCAAUGAUUUUGUGUCACUCCUUUUCGACGAUUCUUCUGUUUCUCCUCCUCUAUUAAAAAAAAGUGCCACUCAAUCCAUCUGCACUAUCAGCCACAACUGCAGUGACCCCCAACCCCUCCCUGAAGGCGCCACUUUGGCAGCCUCGCUCCGGUCCUGGUCUGGUCGAGUUUUUUCAUAAUGCUGGAUUCCCCAUUUUUGCGUAUGCCGUGUGUGCGUGUGUGUUUAUCUCUUGAUUUAAAAAAAAAAAAGGAAAAUAGAUAAGUAUUCUUAGCAGAUUAUAUUUUAUUCUUGUGUUCGCUUUCAGUUUAUUUAGAUUGUCUACUCUACACCUGUAUAACCUCACGCUGCGCAAGAGCGGCUGAGUUCAUGAUGCACUUCCCCGGUGUUCUAACUCGAUGCACAACCAACCUCGCUAACAUGUUAAAGAUCUCCAGCCUGGAACGUGUUACAGAUGCACCCCGGACGUUCCGAACUUACACUAACAAUGGCAAAAACAGUUUGCUUCAGCCUUUUUUUUUUUUCUUUGUUUUUUAUUUUAAGUAAAAAUGAACAAAGGUCAGAUGCACUUCUGUAGAAAUCGCUGCAGUGCGUUUGUUUGUGUGUGUAUGAAUGUGUGAGCGCGUGUUUUGACAUCAGUGUGGAUCUCUUCUGUUAGAUUUUCGUUUCUCUACUUUCAGAGGCCCCACACAGGAAAAAAUCAGAGCCUUUGAGGUGCUGUGUUUUGCUCCAGCCUUAUAUGGACAACAGGAAGGAACAAAUCACUUUUUUUUUUUUUAGCUUUCCAAGAUGUGAGUUAGAGCUUAAUGCAAUAGAGAGGGCAGGAGACAGCCCGGGUGAUGGAUGAGGGGAGAUAAGAUCCUUUUUCUUCCAAGAGUCAAAUUGAAAAACAACCCACAUCUCGGGGUUGUAAAUGCAAUUUUAAAUAUCAUUUUCCACCUUGAGUAUUAAAUUAUGCAAUUGGACAUCUGCGAGUUUUCAUCCUGCCUGUGUUAUUCUGAGCGUGAGGCAUUAUAACAGUCACAAAUUUUUCCCCCCCUCGAGAACACGCCAAAGUUUGCAGCAGAAGUCACACAGGUCAAGACGGUUUCAUCCGUGAAUCUGUGCGGCCGCUUUGUCCCCCCCCCCUUGAAGGUGAGAUUUACGACCCCCGGGAGCCGAGAACUGAAAGAAAGGGAAAGUAGAUGUUUACAGAGUUUCCACCCACAUAACAGCCUGUGUACGUGAGUUUGCGUCUGUGCAUUUUGAGCAACGGAUCAUAUGACCUAUUUUUUUUCUUUUUUUUUCAGAUUUGUAUAAGAGUGUUGUUCUAUUCAUUGGAUAUUUUGAGAGCAUGUUUUUUUUGUGAAUCAUCUGUUGGGAUGGGGGCGGUUUGGGUUGAUUUAUCAGAGUUUUAUUUUAAGUUUCUGUGCUACUUUGGCCCAUCAUGAAUGGUGAGCAGUUCAAAAAUUUGCUCCAAACCCUAAAAAAAAACACAAACUAUUCUCUUCACUGCUCUUCUGACACUGUUUAUAUUUUGAUUAUCACCCUGUGUCGACUCCUUCUGGUUUACUUUGGAGGUUUGAAUCUCUUGUGCCUCCUCUGUCCUAAUCCUUCUUUCUUUAAAACCUCAACCACUGGAAGAUGAAGACUAUAACACCUAAAAUUGACUAAUCCAGUCGUCAUUUUAAAGAAAUAGAUGUUACCCCUGUUAAUCUGCGAGACUCUGCCAGUUCCACCAGAUUUCUGGGCAUUAGCCUGUCCUAGUGAGCCAAAGAGCUCUGUUCAGAUCCCAGACUGAAGGGCUUCACCAUCUGUAUCAGUUUGCUGCCAUGGCUCGUGGGGUGGCUCGGUUUCCUCUCCGAUUAUGCCUUUGGAAUAAGUUUUGACUUGACAUGCCAGUCCAGUGUUCACAGGUGUCAAAAGCGGUUUUUCUCGUCUUCAUCCCAGACUUUAGUGUGCGAUCAAAAAGAUUAAAAAGAAGGCUUAUUCUUAACAAUCACAACCCCACUCCUGGCUUCACCUGGGGGCGACAUCUGCCAGCCUGUGUUUGAGUGUUACAAUCAUAAAUUCUCCCCAGAAACCAGUUUUUCCAGGCCUAAUAGACAUCAUUCUCGGCUUUGCAAGUAAAAGCAACCACCAAACCAACCAUCCCCAGAGGGGGGCUCGCUGCAGUCUUUUACAGGGCGGGCUGCUACGCCUCCACCGCCAUCCACCAAGUGUGCAAAAGGGGAGAGCAAACGGUGUUUUUUGCAUGUCAGAUUUCUGUUCCCCCUGUUCCUCUUCCCUGUCCCUCCUCUUGAUUUUGAUCUGGAAAUGUCCGAAAGCUUUUAUUUAAUGUGGAAAAAGAACACAGAAAUAAAUUAUUUGAUUUUUUUAAUGCUGUAA